AUCUCUUGUCAAAGCUAGGACUGUGUCUUUAGUCUUUACUUUCUGGGGUAAUUCAAAUCGCCCUGGACCGAUUACCUAUGAAUUUCUUUCCGAAUUACUAGCCUGCAUUGAAUAAGUGUAUUGUUAUUAGUAAUUAGUAUUAGCAUACUAACUAAUUUACUUGAAUCUUGAGCUAACAAGUAACUAAUUACUACCGAAUGAUACUGACAACAGUAACAUCUACUGCUACUGAUACUGCUACUCACUUGAACUAUACUAGCUUAUUUAUUACAUUAAUAUACUAUUACCAUUAGUUAUAGUUAAAGAACUGUAAAUGUAUGCUUUAAAUUUUUUACCUUUGUAUUACAAUUACAUUGAUCAUUAGUGACAUUAGCGGAUAGCGGUCCACCGACAUACAUUAUGGCCAUGGACAUUUAUUUUUAUAAUUAUAAUUUAUUAUAAUCAUUAAUAUUACUCUUCAGUCUUCAGAUCUGUAAGAGUAAGUGUAAGUGUUAGUUACUUAUUUAUUACUAGUGGUUCAUUUGCCAAUAAAUUGUUUUUUUCCCUCAAUAUUUUCAACUUUAAAGUCCUAAUAAACUAUGUAAAAUCUUAUGCUUACAAAAACCUCCAUCAGCAAAGUCAUAAAAAAAUUAUUAAUAAAAUUAUCAUGACUAUUUAUGUAUCAGCUGCUGUACACCUAAACUAAAUGAGGUAGAAUGUGACUGAGAGUAGGCUUCCUAAAUUAUUAGAGUAGUCUAGAGCAGUGGUUCUCAAUGGUUGCCGCCCAACCUAUUUUCACAACAUAAUAUGAAAUUAAAGCUAUUUACUUUGACUCAAUGUUAGAAAAAAAUAUUUAUACAAAUUAUAUAAUGUACCAGAAGAGAAUUUGUUGCAGUGAUACUCGAUCUUCAGUUUGAUUUUCAUUAAUUUCUCCUAUUUCCCCACCAAUUUCAAUAAAUUACAGCAAAAACUUGAUUAUCACACCAAAUGUGAUCCGGGUUAAUGCAGUUGAUUAAAAAUAUUCAUGAUUAUUGAUCACAUGCUAAAUUUAAUUAGAUCAAAGCUGUUAUUUUAUUGUACUUGUAAAUGGUACUUAUAGUAAUAGUAAUAUCCUCUGAUUCUAGAAUGAGUAAGGUCGCUGUCAUCUUGUAUUAAGUGAAAGCAAAUUAAGCUAUCCCCACUGAACAAAUGAUGAUACUAUUGUACGUAUUAUCCAGUGAACAACGAUUAAUAGCCUCUACUCUCCACAAAUACAUUUAUGACAGUUUUUGAAGCUUCUACAUGGAAUUGACUAGGACUAAGUAAAUAGCUGAAAAUGAAAUCUCACUAAAUGAUAUUGUCAUUGUGUACUUGACACUUCAUAGGGAGGCUAGGGAGGGGAACAUUGAUUGAAAGCGGUUCAGGACCACCGAGCUAGAUCUAAAUUACUUCUGGGUCAUUAGUUUACUAAGGACAUUAUUUAUGUCAAAAUAAAAAUCAUUCAUCAUAUUGGCUAUAACAGGGAGCAGAGAAAAUUAAUUAUUUUCAUUCAUUGAAAGCACAGUAAAUUAAGGCAUCAUAUAAAAGCAAAUCAAUGUAGGUAGUUAUCAUAUUCACCUUCAAUAAAUGGAUCACAUUGAUUGUAUUAACAGUUAAUUAAUGCAUCAGACAUCUCACUGAGUGAACGCUGAAAAGUUGGACUAAUGGAACAGCAACCUCUAGAGAAAAGAAAGAAAUUGAAGCAAGCAAAGUCGGCAAAUGUCAAUGACUCCUGUUAUGGUUCAAUGAUCACAGGGUGAGUAAGAAAUGAAUAGAGGAUUUUUUAAGUUAAUUGAGCUGAAAGAACUUGUGUGGGAUCCAUUUGUGGGUAGGAGGGUGAUGUUGAGUGGAAAAGGUCUGCGUGGUCCCCAAGAACAUGGAUGUCACUUGCUUAAGAUUAGCUCAACAUCUAUUAACAUGGAUUUUACUUGCUUAAGAUUAGCUCAGCAUCUAUUAACAUGGAUUUCACUUGCUUAAGAUUAGCUCAGCAUCUAUUAACAUGGAUGUCACUUGCUUAAGAUUAGCUCAACAUCUAUUAACAUGGAUGUCACUUGCUUAAGAUUAGCUCAGCAUCUAUUAACAUGGAUGUCACUUGCUUAAGAUUAGCUCAACAUCUAUUAACAUGGAUGUCACUUGCUUAAGAUUAGCUCAACAUCUAUGAACAUGGAUGUCAGUUGCUUAAGAUUAGCUCAGCAUCUAUGAACAUGGAUGUCACUUGCUUAAGAUUAGCUCAAGAUCUAUUAACAUGGAUGUCAGUUGCUUAAGAUUAGCUCAGCAUCUAUUAACAUGGAUGUCAGUUGCUUAAGAUUAGCUCAGCAUCUAUGAACAUGGAUGUCACUUGCUUAAGAUUAGCUCAACAUCUAUUAACAUGGAUGUCACUUGCUUAAGAUUAGCUCAGCAUCUAUUAACAUGGAUGUCAGUUGCUUAAGAUUAGCUCAACAUCUAUUAACAUGGAUGUCAGUUGCUUAAGAUUAGCUCAGCAUCUAUGAACAUGGAUGUCAGUUGCUUAAGACCAGCUUAGGUCAAUCCAUUGAAGAUGUGACCUCACACAUCGGGGGGGGGGGGGAUCUAAAUAAAUGUUUUAGGGAAGGGAUUCUUAACUUUGCAUCCCUUCUAUAUUUUAAAACCCCCCCCCUCCCCCUCAAAUAAUUUUUAUUCUAGAAGAAGUUUUUAAUAUUAACAUGGAUUUCAGUUGCUUAAGAUUAGCUCAGGAUCUAUGAACAGGGAUGUCAGUUGCUUAAGACCAGCUUAGGUCAAUCCAUUGAAGAUGUGACCUCACACAUCGGGGGGGGGGGGGAUCUAAGUAAAUGUGAUAGGGCAGGGAUUCUUAACUUUGCAUCCCUUCUCAAUUUCAAAACCACCCCCCUCCCCCUCAAAUAAAUUUUAUUGUAAUAAAAGUUUUUAAAUGAUAAUAAUUAAAUAAUAAAGUUAUGUUAUUGUCAUUUUAUUUAUCUAAUUACAUUUUUUGAUACAAGAAGAAAUUUAUCAAUACAAGUAAUGCGAAAGCAAAAUUCACAAAAAAAAAAUUACUUUCUGCUAAUCAAAAUGCGUAAAAGUUUUGAUUGUUUCUUUUAAUGCAGCAACAACUAACAAUGGCAGUAAAUACUAUUUUCUGGGUCUUCCGCCUCUCGGGGGGUGCUUCCCUGGUUAAAUACCACUGUUAGAGGGAAAUGUUUCUGACACUUGUGCAGUAAUUCAAUAUCCAUGGGAGUGAUUUUUUUUAAGGGUUUGUAAAGGACAGUAGUGGCCGGAGGGAUUUUUUAUAGGGGGGGGGGUCGCAGAGGUUUGUAAUGUUAUAUUCAGGGGGAAGGGGGUCUAACUUUUGUGAUGAUAAGGUAGGAGGUGUAUCAGAAAUUGGCAAAAUUUGCGUGACAUCAUUUAUGGAUGGCCCCAUAGGACUUACAGUAAAAGUAAUACACUUUGACAAUUUUGCACUUAUCAAGUGAAUACAAAAUUAAUGAACCAGAAUUAACUUCAAAUCUCAGCAUUGUUUCUGACCUUUUAUUUAAAAUAAACAACUAACUGAUCAAAGAUUGUAAUUUGAUGCACCCUCACCCAGGGGUGGUAAAAAACAUGACUUCUUUGUUACAGAGAGUUUAGUCACUCAAACUGCUAAGCUUUAAAAAACAAAUUUCUUGCACAAAAAAUAAAAGUAAAGCUUUUGGUCAUUUUUAACCCCCUUUUUUUAAUUAACCCUGUGAUUUAUGUGCUGAUUCUAUGUAUCUUCUUACUUAAUUAUUUAAAUACUUAUAUUUCUAAUUUGUGUGGAAGCCCAAAGUUUUGAAAUUAGGUAUUUCAUGUGGAGGUAAUUUUUAAUUUGUCUAAUCUUGGUCAAUCAUUGAUUUCCUUAUUUUAAAAUUUUAACCUUGGAAUCUUAUUUUGAAAAAAAUAAUUAGUCACAACUUAAUUUAAUUUGGAAAUUAUUUUCCUUUAUUUAGUAGAAACAAAAUUUUUGUGUUAAGUGCAACAAAGGAGGCCCCGUGAAAAUAAAAUUUCAAAACUAUUUGUUUCAAAUUAUAUAAUGUAGGGCCUAUAGACUGUGAUGAAGCUGCACUUGUUGCCCCACAGAACUGUAGUAUUUAUUUUGGCUCCGGUUUUUCUGGUAUUUCUUUUGGCCCCGUUCAGUUGCAGCCAGGCUUGAAGCUAACUGUUUCAAUUCGGAAGGCUGAACUGGAUCCCUGUAUGAAAGAAACAUAAAUUAAGCCUGCUCUUAACUUCCAGUGAAUCCGUUGGCUAAAUGGCACACAUUCUUUGAUUUUGAUGGAGGUCAAUGUUUAGUGUUUCAAAAGAGGACGCCAAUCGUUCCAAAUCUUUGGAAAAAAAUAUUUUCACCAGUAGCAUUAUAGCACACGUUUUCUUCAAUGUUGUUUUAAAAAAAGUUUGGGGGAAUGGGGUAGUAAUGCGCUCUGUGUUGGAAAGAGAGUUAAGAUAUUUUGUACCGUCAUGUCUAGGAUGUCACCUGGUGUGGAAAUAAAGCUAAAGACAGAAGAUAAACUGGACACUUUUGGUCUUGACCACUUAUUCGCUACCCCCACCCCCGGUCACCUUGUUACCCUACCUAAGAUACAAAUAAUGUUAAAAAAACAAAAAACCUCGUUGAUUUGAAAAAGCUCAUAGGAUCCUCGCCCAUAAUUUUCCUACGCCCCGCUUCACGAUCUUGUAUAACGUUGUCUCCUUGCCCUCGGUGCCAACCACAUGAUGCGCCGUGCUAUUUUUAGGAGCAGUUUGAUCCAAAAAUGUCACCGCUGUAUUUUUAGACACUGACCUCGUUUUGACCCGUCCCACGUGCGUCAUAGAAGUGAAGACAAAAAGCGGCGAGUAACUCCAUUGAAGACGUAUGGGCUUCACACCUGGGGAGUCUGGGCGGCGCUCCGUUGCACAUUAUAUGACACAUGUUCAAGAGGGCAAUUUUUUUACACCUUGUAUUUUGAUAAAAUACCCGGUGGGCCGGGUGUAACAAAAGAGAGACAAAGCUUUAUUCUCAUUUUCUAUGUCUUUCACCGAACAGGGUGAAGUAAAAAUUGUAUUAAAGAACUAGCAGCGAUCACGAAAGCAUUAAAGUUGAUUUCAAAUCACUUAUAAAUUAAUAAUUUAAUCCUAAUCCAGUGGUUCCAUGUGCUUUUUAGUGCCGCGGCCCCUUCAUUACAUUUACCAAGUUCUGGCGACCCAAGACCCGAAUAAACCUGAAUUUGUAAUUGUGAAACAUUUGUUGAGAUGUGGCAUGGGGCAGAGAUUUCAGAUGUGGGAUGGGUCAGAGCUUUGAGAUGUGGGAUGGGGCAGUGCUUUGUGAUGUGGGAUGGGGCAGAGCUUUGAGAUGUGGGAUGGGGCAGAGCUUUGUGAUGUGGGAUGGGACAGAGCUUUGAGAUGUGGGAUGGGGCAGAGCUGCUUUGAGGUGUGGCAUGGGGCAGAGCUUUGUGAUGUGGGAUGGGGCAGUGCUUUGAGAUGUGGGAUGGGGCAGGGCGAUGUGAUGUGGGAUGGGGCAGUGCUUUGUGAUGUGGGAUGGGGCAGUGCUUUGUGAUGUGGGAUGGGUCAGAGCUUUGAGAUGUGGGAUGGGUCAGAGCUUUGAGAUGUGGGAUGGGGCAGAGCUUUGUGAUGUGGGAUGGGACAGAGGUUUGAGAUGUGGGAUGGGGCAGAGAUUUGAGAUGUGGGAUGGGUCAGAGCGCUGAGAUGUGGGAUGGGGCAGUGCUUUGUGCUGUGGGAUGGGUCAGAGCUUUGAGAUGUGGGAUGGGUCAGAGCUUUGAGAUGUGGGAUGGGGCAGAGCUUUGUGAUGUGGGAUGGGACAGAGGUUUGAGAUGUGGGAUGGGGCAGAGAUUUCAGAUGUGGGAUGGGUCAGAGCUCUGAGAUGUGGGAUGGGGCAGUGCUUUGUGAUGUGGCAUGGGGCAGAGCUUUGGGAUGUGGCAUGGGGCAGAGCUUUGGGAUGUGGGAUAGGACAGAGCUUUGAGAUGUGGGAUGGAUCAGAGCUUUGAGAUGUGGGAUGGGGCAGAACUGCUUUGAGAUGUGGGAUGGGGGCAGAGCUUUGUGAUGUGAGAUGGGGCAGUGCUUUGUGAUGUGGGAUGGGGCAGAGCUUGUUUUGUAAGUAAAAAGUUUUGUUAGUCUACUUAAAUUUGUGAAGCAGAAAUAAGGGCUAAGAAGGAUGAAGAGUUCUGUUGAGGGGACUCAGUUAUUGGCUACUCAGUAUAAUCAUCCAGUCAGCCUGUCAAAUGAAAUACUAAUCAUUAUAGAAAGUGCCAUGGUCAUAACCAAAGUUUCUUUUUUUAAAGAUAAAUAAUUACAUCAAAUUCGUAUAAAAUACUGUAUUAGUUUUAGAGCUUUGCGGUUUCAUUUAGAUUACUAGUAGAUUACAUUUAGUUUCGCUCCAAUCGCUAGUCAUUGUUUAUAUCGUUUAUUUAAAAUCGGGUUAAAAAAAUUAUGUAAAAAAACAUGAACUGGCUCUAUGCACGCACUUUCCUCUCCUCCUCGUUGGGUAUACAACACUAUUUUUAGAAAAUGAGAAAUAAUUUUUUGAACACCCGGAUCCGUUUACGUGUUAUCUGGGUCCGGGUAUUUGCCGGGUGUGCUAAUACUCCGAAUUUCUGGCAUCCGGGUCAGUACCGGGCUCAGCCCUAGAAGAUCCUGGGGAAAAAAAAGUUUCUUUUGUUGUUUAUUUGUGGUCAAGCCUUUGACCUUAGGCUGUGGUAACACUGAUGCCGUAUCUCACCGACAUACAGGCCUGACAUACAAGAUCGAAUUCGGUAGAAAAAAACAAACAAAUACAGUAUCAAAAUGAAGGUGUUUACUUAAGCUCAGACAACAUCGGUGACAUUUGGUGCUUCGCGGAAGUGUACCAAUGACCGCCGGUCGUAAUAAAAACAAUAAACGUUAAAUUUUUUUAUUAAAAGUGGUGGCUAAAUUCGAGUGUUACUUCCAGCAUUGUAUCAUAGAAAGCUUCUACUAACUAUAUCGUAUUUAUAGCUUCAAUCAAUACAUUUUAAUUUGUGGGAGAAAAAUUGGUAGCCAUUAACCCGUUAAUUAGUUUAGUUUGCUAUCAUAAAUCAGCGUUGAUUAUCACCUAAAACUAGUCAUAAAGGUCAAGGCAGUUGUUUUUUGAUGAACAAUGAAGAUUCGGUCACCACGAUGUCAGACGAAUUUCUCUACUGAAAGAUCGGCCGCGUGUGUCAGUCUUGGGUAUGAACUUUAAUUUAUGAAAAUUUAUAAGAUAAUUAAAUUCCGGAAUCUUUUAUUACUUCUUAAGUAAAGCAUAUUAAAAAUGGCAACAAAAAAAUUAAAAAAAUCAAUUUGGAAAAAAAGCAGCCUUUGCAAUCACCCCCCCCCCCCUUUUUCCACUUUUUUUCCCUUUCUCCCAGUGUAGCAUUAACAUUACGGUGAAGGAGGCAUAUGCAUAGGUGCCCCGCGGCCCCUAGCCUUUUAGGGUCCACGGGACAAACAAGGCAUCCAGUUUUUUAAAGAAAAGAAAAAGGCGGUGUGGUAGGUUAGGUACUCAAUUGAUCUUGAAUAUACUUGUAAUGCUGUUGGUCUCCCUGAACUGAAUAUACUUGUAAUGCUGUUGGUCUCCCUGAACUGAAUAUACUUGUAAUGCUGUUGGUCUCCCUGAACUGAAUAUACUUGUAAUGCUGUUGGUCUCCCUGAACUGAAUAUACUUGUAAUGCUGUUGGUCUCCCUGAACUGAAUAUACUUGUAAUGCUGUUGGUCUCCCUGAACUGAAUAUACUUGUAAUGCUGUUGGUCUCCCUGAACUGAAUAUACUUGUAAUGCUGUUGGUCUCCCUGAACUGAAUAUACUUGUAAUGCUGUUGGUCUCCCUGAACUGAAUAUACUUGUAAUGCUGUUGGUCUCCCUGAACUGAAUAUACUUGUAAUGCUGUUGGUCUCCCUGAACUGAAUAUACUUGUAAUGCUGUUGGUCUCCCUGAACUGAAUAUACUUGUAAUGCUGUUGGUCUCCCUGAACUGAAUAUACUUGUAAUGCUGUUGGUCUCCCUGAACUGAAUAUACUUGUAAUGCUGUUGGUCUCCCUGAACUGAAUAUACUUGUAAUGCUGUUGGUCUCCCUGAACUGANUGGAUUGAUUGGAUAAAAAAUGUUUAGACAAAAAUAGACCAAAAAAAGUAUUAAAAAAAAGAGAAAAUAAAGAGAAAGUAACUAAGCUGAUGUCCUGUCCGUUCGUUCUCCAUACAAAAACGCUACAAUAAAUUAAAACUAUAUUAAAACAUUAAAAAUUUUUUGCCCCCCCCCCCCCAGAAAGUUUUCUGCGGGCGCCCAUGGUGGGGGGUGAGAGAGAAGAAUUAAAAGAAACAACACAAGCAACUUUUCGUAAGACGAAAUGAUCAAAAGGCGGAUUUUGUGAGUCGGUCGCCUUAGUUUGAUGAAAUUGAAGUUCAGUAGACUUUAAACAAUUGCAGUUUAAUUGGGUCAGUGAAUACGCGCCCGAAAGUGUGAAAGGAAAAAAAAAAUAUAUAUACAAUUCGCUGUCGUGAUGUAUAGUAUAACAAAAGGUAGACCCUGAACUCAGAAUAAAGGAUAUGGAUUAUUUCCUAAAAGGGGUUGUGGGAAACCGGGGCGUACUUUGACCUAAUGCUGCCCUUGGUAAACGCGAAAAGUGCCCCCCCACCAUCAUAAACAAAAAAAAAUAAAUAAAAAAUAACAACCAAUAAAAAAAAAAAACAAAAAAAAAAAAAAAAAAAAAAAAAAAAAAAAAAAACAACAAAAAAAAAAAAAAAAAAAAAAAAAAAAACAAAAAAAAAAAAAAAAAAAAAAAAAAAAAAAAAAAAAAAAAAAAACACAAAAAAACACCCAAAAAACACAAAAAACCCUCGUUUUUAUGUUAUUUUUAUUUAUUCCAACCUGCCCCCCCCUCCCCCCCCCCCCCCAAAACAUUCCCAUAGGAUUCAUGUUCAACGUCAUUGACCUAUUGAUGCUGUCAUUCAGUAAAAAAAAAAAAAAAAAAAAAAAAAACACAAAACAGCACCAAAAAAACCCAAAAACCCAUCGAUUUUAUGUUAUUUCUAUUUAUUCCAACGUGACCCCCCUUCCCCCCCCCCCCAAAACAUUCCCAUAGGAUUCAUGUUCAACGUCAUUGACCUAUUGAUGCUGUCAUUCAGUCGUAUUGGUCGUCAAAUCAAUUCGCACCAUGUGCACGCGAACACUGCUGACAUUGCAAACUUAUUAAAAACAAAAACCAAACAUACAUAUUAAUGAGAACUACCACAGGGAACGUGGGAGAGAUUUAAAAUACAUUUGUCAGCGUCUACCUCUACCAAACUGCCAUAACCGUCCGGAAAUUCCCAAACAUCUAUUACAGAGUUUUUAUUUGACUAUUGUAUCGCAAUACUGUUUUCAUUUAGUUUAUUUUAUUGUUGUGAAGUUCCUUAUUUUGUUUCCGAGUACAUUUUCAUUUCUUUGAUACAUUGAUGGAUGCUCUUACCAAGGCUUUGGCUAAAAGUCUGGGAGUCAGAUUCGUUGUUAGUAGUCGAAAUAGUUGUGACCUACCUGCUGUGAACUGUGGCAGCCGUUGUUUUUUCAAGGACUUCCGGGCUCCAGCACUCGUUACAUAGCAUAAUACAGAGGUGGGCAAGAUGCGACCCCCCCCCCUCCCCCCCUGAAACGUUGAAUGCGCCCCGCAAGACCUUCUGAGAACUUUAAUCAUCUUUUCGUCAAAUCGACAAAUUGUGGACCAUCUGUUAAAACCUUCGAACAUUAAUUUAAUAAUCAUUUUAAAAUUAUUCAACUGAUUUUUUUGUUGUUGUUGUUGCUUGUAAAAUGAACUCGGCAUAAGUCUACUUUUGAUUGAUUUGAUAUUUAUAUCGCGCGGGUAUCCAUGCCAUUUUAGCAUGCUCACUUUUUAAUUGUUUCUUAAAUGAUUUUUUAUCAUUUACAAUUCCCCUCAAAGAUUGAGGCAAACUGUUCCAUAAUUUUGGCGCUAUCGCUUCAAAAGAGCGCACUCCGUACGACUUUUUUCUGUGUUUAUCCAAACUAGGAACACUCAGCAAGUACUGUGAAGAAGACCGCAGGCUCUUCACGGCUACAUGUUUAUAAAUAAGUUCCAUGAGAAGUUCCGGUGCUGAGCCAUCUCUGCAGCUGUACACCAGGGACAGAACUUUGUAGUUAGUAGAACUGGGGUGAUGUGGUCAGAUUUUUCAUCCGCGAUACAAGGCGUGCUGCAGUAUUUUGGAGUCUCUGAAUUUGGUUCUGAGGUAAACCCCACAAACAACUACAUUACAGUAAUCUAAUCUUGACUGGAUUAGAGUUUCUGCUCUCCUAAUGAGUUGAGGACGCAGCUGACCCAGGGCACGCAGAUGACAGAAGCAUGCCCUGACAACAGAACUGAUAUGGGGAAUCAUGCUAAGUUUACUGGCAAUAUAAAAGCCAAGGUCUCUGACAGUCGAGGCCAACAGGAUCUCUGAUUCAUCAACUUUUAUUGAUGCAAUGGCAACUUUCCGAAGAUUGGGGUCUGAACCACAAAUAAUUGUCUCAGUCUUAUCAUCAUUUAAUUUUAGUCUGUUUGAUGACAUCCAAUCGUUCACAUCAAGACAGCAGUCCUCGACAGCCUGACAGCAGUAGCACACUCCAAGGGAUCAGGGCGGAAAAACUUGUAUAGUUCUGUGUCAUCUGCAAAUAUUUUGUGGGAAAUACCAUGACUUUCAAUAAUUUUGCCGAGCUGGCUAGUGUACAUGUAGAACAGAAUAGGUCCUAAAACUGAGCCCUGUGGCACAUCACAGGUAACGGAAGUGUCCAUGGAAGAUGCUACCUCACCACAAUACGCUGACUCCUUUCAGUCAGAUAAGAAGAAAACCAGCGAAGUGCAGUUCCAGUAAUGCCUGCCACAUUCAGAAGUCUUUACAGAAUAAGCUCACGAUCGAUCACAUCAAAGGCAGUACUGAGAUCCAACAGAAUCAAAAUUGUCAGAUCGCCUCGGUCAGCACUACAAAGAACAUCAUUCAUAUCACGGAGUAGUGCUGUCUCACAGCUGUGCCCAGGUCGAUAUGCAGAUUGAAACUUGUCAAGUAAGUCAUAAGUGUUUAGAUGCUGCACAAGCUGCUGUGACACAACUCUCUCAAGAAUCUUAGAUACAAAGGGCAGGUUGGAAACCGGGCGAAAAUUCUUGCAGUCCUUUGGGUCCAGACCACUUUUAUUAAGCAAAGGCUUAACGACCGCUGUCUUGAAGAGACGUGGGACUGUAGCAGACUGAAGGCUUAACGACCGCUGUCUUGAAGAGACGUGGGACUGUAGCAGACUGAAGGCUAAUAGUCACGAUGUUGGCAGUACAGGAAGCAAGACUUCCAGACAGUCCAAAACAAUCUUGGUUGGGAUGGGGUCAACAAUAGAAGAUGUAGGUCUAGAUGCCAUGAUUAUAUUUCUUAAUUGUUCAUGGGAAACUGGGGAAAAUUCCACCAGAUGGUUACCUUCAAAGACUUUCUCCACCGUAGGCAAAUCACAACGUUCCCCAAAGCUCCUUCUGAUUGUUUCAAUUUUUUUCAGUGUCAAAAUCACACAUUUUAACUGCAGCUUGUUCGCCUCUCAAGUCAGGCAAAAACUUUAAAAAACAGGGGUGCUGAUUUCUUCCCAAGAAGGUCAUUCACCACAGAGAACAUCUUUUCCAAGCCCAUCUUAAAUGAAAAUUAUCAUCAUGCAGUCGGCCAACAAAAAAUACCGUGCGGCAUUCCGCAAACAGGUUGCCAAACCCGGUAUAUAUAAGUAUGAAAGGAUUGGUUAAAAAUUCAGCUGUUUUUUUUUGUUUUUUUUUUUAAAAUAAACGUGAGGGCGCCUGUGUCUCACUUCAUUUUCACAUCUCGAAUCACCCAUUUCCCCUGCCCGUUCAUUUUUCACCCUAUGCGAAACAUUCACCAUUAAAUCGUUAACUGCAGUUGACGCGUAGUCUGGCUAUAUAUUUAAAUAUUUCCAAGUCUGCAGCAUCCGAAAUACCGGAAUACAUCUUAAAUCUUAUGCUUACAUACGUAACCUGGAGAUGUUUCCGUGUAAUAAUGUAAAGCACGUUACUCUACCAUCUAUCUUUAGCUCUUUCGUAGCAAAAUUUUCUACUUCUCUCUAGCAAUGGCUAUUUAAAAAGGUGUCGUGGGGGGGGGCGCGGGGGAAGGGGGGUCCGUGGGUUACGCUGCCUUUGCAAUUUUAUUAUAUGCAAAUGGCCUUCAUCUCACUGGUAUAGGGUCGUUUGAGCAAAAAGUUAAGAACCUCUGGUGAUACGGGAUUAUGACCACAGUUCACGUGAACCACCCUUUGAAAGGAUAUAUCAUCAUGACAAAUCUUGUGAUGAUUGAUAUUGCGUUAGGGACCUAAUAUUUUGAAAGAACAUGCAUGUGUAAUAGUCUUUUCACCCCACAUAAUUUUUUAAUAAGUAUUAACAACAAUUUGUUAAUUGUGAGCCAACCAUUGUUUCUUUCAGACAUAUCUGUCUUUUUUGGGUAGGGGUGAGUGUUGCAAUCAAUUUGCACUUUUUUAAAAAAAAUUGUGGCAGUAGGAAAAAUAUAUUAUUUGCCUUUUUUUAAAAUGCAACUUCCCUUAGAUUCCCUCGAUUUCUGUCUCCCUCUGGUAAAAAAAAGGGGGGGCGGUGAGGGCAAAGGCAGUGCCUGCUUUGUAUGUCAUAAUGCCUAAUUUUGACGCUGGUAGAUGCAUGCCCAGAUUCCCAUCCCAGAACUCAUGAAAUGCCCCCCCCCCCCACUUUUUUUCUUCUUUUUUUUUUCUUCUGGUCCAUACCAACACGCCUGAAAGAAACAUCUGGGGCCAGUGAAAACAUUUUAAGACCAGUUGAAAGUUUUUAGGGAGAGAACGUCUUGAAAAUCAUAAAUAACCUCGUCCUCAUUUUAAAGUAUUUAAUAGUCCGAGUCUCUCCAUUUGACAGCGGUAAAGAAAUGUUUCCAGGCACUGGCCCCGUGGUCUGCCAAUCACAUGGUGCCUUACAUCACCCCCUUUUAGUUGUCUUUGCUUUACACACCCUACCGACCUACCUCCACUCUCCCUGCCUGCAAGUCUUACCUCACAUCAACAACCGCCGUGCGUCACACGGCCUCUAAUUUUCUAACAUCCAUCACCACAAUUCCACGUCCUCUCUAAGCAGCAAACAUCGCGUUCUGGCCACAUAAUAACCAGUUCCACGUCUGCGAAAGUCAUUGAUCACGGCCAGAUAAUAACGGCCUCUGUCCGAAACUGGUCAUCAUCGGGCCACCAGAUGGAUCUGCUUCUUUUUUGGACCGUGUGGGUGGGGGUUGGGAGAGGGAAGCACUAGGGCGGUAGCGUUACACCUGAGCCUGACAAGAGACUACAUUGCCAGUAGCACUAGGGCGGUAGCGUUACACCUGAGCCUGACAAGAGACUACAUUGCCAGUAGCACUAGAGCGGUAGCGUUACACCUGAGCCUGACAAGAGACUACAUUGCCAGUAGCACUAGGGCGGUAGCGUUACACCUGAGCCUGACAAGAGACUACAUUGCCAGUAACACUAGGGCGGUAGCGUUACACCUGAGCCUGACAAGAGACUACAUUGCCAGUUAGUUGUUGGCGUGCAUAACUUUUCCUAAUCUGACCAUUGUUGUCGCUUAUUAAUGACCGACGCAUUGCAACGGUUCUCAUUUUAGGCCAAUGUGCCCCCCCCCCCUGAUUACAAUACCUCGGGUGUGGGACCUGGCAUGAAGAAAUACUGUCAGUUGUUAUCAUCAUGCAUAACUUUCCCCUAACAUGGCCAUUGUUGGCUCUUAUUUCCUUGAUUACAGUUACAGUACAGACAGACUACUUCAUAAUCAGGCAAUUGAAAACCCUUCAGUGUUAUUAUUAUUACUUUUAUUAUGACUUACCCACUGACAUGCAGGGAUUCUCAGCAUGUGUGAAAUAGGGUAAAAUGGAAUCCACCAAAAUAAUCUCCAGUCCUAUGAAUUCAAUGCAUUUGACUAGUGGUCACGAAAAGUGAUGUUUUCUAGCCCGGAUCAACUAUUCUUAAGAAGAAUGACGUCGCAAAGUCCACCCAUGAAACCAGACAGUUUAUGUCUCGCUUAUGUUGGAACAUUUAGAAAAGUAAAUGACCUACUGAAAGGACACGUGUACCGACUCCGGUUUGAAAAUGUUUAUUCCGACUCCACAGAAAUGUUGCAUCUCAGAAAUGUAAAUAAUUCUUUAAAGUCAAAGUGCCAUCCCAAAACACACCCCUUCUUCUGUGCUCUUUUUAAAAUUAAACUUAUCAACUUAUCAAAACUGCGACUUGUUACCAUUCUACCCAAAAGCUCCCUCUUACUGCAAUGGCCCACUCAGUGUUGUCGUUCUCCUACUUUUUAGCUCAAUAUUCUCCGUCCGGCAGGCAAAGCUAAAAUCUUUUAAAAUGUCCGGCUUUUCUUACAUUUUAUAUUAUAAUUAUUAUGUAUCGUUGUUACAACUAUUACAAUGUACAAAGUCUAUGCAUUUCUGCGAACCAGUCGAUUUUAGUCAUUCUAACAAUCUAGCUCUGUGCUGUAUUAUCUAUGGUCAAAAUGUUAAUGUUAUUUCCGGUUCCAGCAACAAAGACGAAAAUUUAAAUUGUAUUUUUAAUUUGUAAUUUUUGCCGUCUAUGUUUACGAAAAUGGUUUCUACAAAGAGAAAAUGCAAAUUCUCGACCACUAUGAAAAAUAAGUUUCCUUGCUUCGUUGAAGGACGCAAUGAGAAUGAGGCAAAGUUACUUGUCCGUUGCCAGCAAAGGAGCUACUGACUUGAAGCGCCAUGUUGACAGUGAGAGACAUAGAAACCAUGUAAUUAAUAAAGAUUAUAAUGUAAUGAUUGUACAAUUGGCUAUUUAAAUGAUGUUUUUGGAAAUUUUGAAAAAGGCGUCCAUUGAAUUUGUUUUUUUAACGUGACUGUUUCUUGGUCGAUUCACUAAGAGUAAGAUAUACACUUAAUUGGCAGCUAUUACAAUAAAAUUUUGCUGACUGUGAGUUUAAUCCGGGACGAUUCAAAUGAAACAUUCAAAAUGUCCUCCUUUGUCCUCUUUUUUUGUUUUAUUAUGUCCUCCUUUUGCUGUCCACGUAUCUGUCAACCCUAAACUCACCCCGUUGCUAAUUUUCGUGGCUACUCCCCUUUUGUGGUCGUAAUUAGUUUUCAGAUGACUCCCAAAUGUUGGUUUUGAAUGUGAGGGGAUGGUGGCAUCGUACCCCUGGUCUCGUACAACCUUAGGGAGGAGCGAGCUCAAAUUCAGUGGCGAAAUGUUAAAAAAUAGACUUCACAAAACAUGUUGACCAAUUUAAAUGACAUUUAAAAUUCGUGCCAUCUCCUCCGCCCCCCCCCCCCCCCCACCGUAAAUGUUACCACGAAAAAACAAAACGAAAGCAACAACAACAACAAAACAGAAUAAAAACAAGUAGGCAAGCAAGCGAAACGAAACCUCUUCAUUUCCUAUUUGCGAAUUCACAGCUCAAAUUAUUUGCGGGUCUCCUUUCACUUAAAUAUAAGGACGGUGUGAUAUCUGGUCGUAAAGUGGGAUCCUGUUGGUCAAAGUCGGAACAAAAAAGAAAACGAUUCCAGAUAAAAGGUGAUGCUUCACGAUCUUGCGCUGAAAUUCUUUUUUCUCGAACUGUUGUGCUGUCAAGCCUUUAGACGAUGUCAGGGUAACGCUGCGGUCUUAAGGCCCGUGAAUUAGAACUACUGAUGUGAAAAUGUAUACAUGAUCUUUCCACGGCGACAAAUAAAAGCGAAGCUUUGUUACUUAAUUAUUAAGACGGAACAAAGUACGCCACGGCCAACAGACGUCUUCAGAUGAGAUAAUAUAUAGCUCCACAUUACGUGAUCACAUGACUGGUAUUACAUAGGCCGGUAACGUGUCCACUCGGAUUUUCAUUGUUAUGUAGAUUUUUUUUUUCACCGCACUCUAUUAUUGUAUUUCGAUCUUUACUUUAAAUGUCAUCAAGUCAUGUCCUCUUACUUAAAGAUAUUAUCUUUUAUCUAUUUCACUUUUUACUAAAGCCUCAUUAAAGUUGAAGUCCGUGCCUCCUUCUCUAGAUAGAUAGUUUUAAAAAUGUUAAUCAGUAUGCACCAUCGCUACCUUGUCCUCUUGUUGAUAUUAUCCUUUGUGUAUUUCAAUCUUUACUUAAAACUAGUAACAGUGUUAUUCUCUUCUGAAAUGUGUGUAUUUUUUUUAUCCAACCAAAACCUCAUGACAUUACAUUACUUCUUCUUGGCCUUAUCUGUCUUUCGACUUAGAGCCGCAUGUACCAUUCACAAAUCCUUUCAACUCGUUUCUGACCAGAGAUAUUCUUCCCAGCUCAUCCACUUUCUGUUGUUUCUCUGACUAUGUCUUCUGAGGGUCCUUUUCUCCAAGUGUCCCUUGGCAGUGCGCUCUUUCCACUGCCCUGCGGAUUCCAUGACAGAGAAUUUGUCUCAUAGUUUUUUUUUAUUUUGAAUCUGGUACGUGGACAUCGUAGUCCCACCAUCUUCUAAUUGGUUAGAUAAAAUUGAUGUAACCCAGCACUGUCCAAACACAAUUGUUUUCCUCACUAACGACAUACUUAACAUAAUUUAUUACAAUUCUGUUUUAAUCCUUAAUCCCGUUUCUUCCUAACAAAUAUUGUUUUUUUCAGAUUAGAUUUGAUAUUCGAAACGGUGAGAUUAUAUUAGAUUCGAUAUCAUACCAGAUUAGAUGAGGUUAAACGUAUCAAGUUUGAAGGGGAUGCAUACGUUGCUUUGAGCAAGAGAGUGCAAUUAUCUGUUUUUUUGGUUUUUUUUAGUUGUUUUUUGUAUAUUGAAUUUUAUUGCUUCAUUUAAAAACCUUUCGAUAACUCUUUGGAACUUUUUUGGGAAUCUAAACCAGUGUGAUCCGACGCAUUACUGUGAUUCGAAAACCACACUGAAGGGACACGCCACUGUGACAUCAUGACACGCCACUGUGACAUCAUGACACGCCACUGUGACAUCAUGACACGCUGCUCGGAAAACCGCCUUUAUGGUUUAAAGCUGGAUCCCUACCACCCAAAUGCGUGGUGGCAACUCCAGUGAUGCCACCAGUGGCAUCCUUAUGCUUCACCCACAAUAUUUGCUUUAAUCAACAAAUGAUUUGAAGGAGACGACAUUCUGCUAUACCAUGGUAUUUUUACCAUCGGGGCCCCCAUUUCAUUUUAAAUGUACUAUAGUUAUAGUAGUUUAAUUAAGUUGUAUAAUAUUUCGCAUUCGAGAAAAAAAUUACGUAGAAAAGUAAUUUUUUUACACGUUUCAUGGAGGAUAUUAAUUUUAAACUAGAAUGUUCCAGAAGGGUCUUAUUGUUCUACGGGGAUAUUUAAUGGGAUUUAAAAGCUUAUUUGAACACAAUCGCACUGAGCAUGAUCCCAUAGAGCAGCGGUUCUCAACCUGUGGCUGGGGGUCCGCCACAACAUGAGGAACUCUAUUAAAGGGUGGUGCCAUUAGAAAGGUUGAAAACCACUGCAAUAGAGGAAUAGGAUCCCAAUGGGGAACGAGAUCCAACAGUAAACUGGAACCAAUCUGUUACGCGAUCCCCUCAGGUAACGCGAUCAAACCGGGAUCGGGAUCCUAUCGGGGAAAAGGGAUACCAUCGGAAAAGAGAGUCCCUAGGUGGAACGGGAUCCCACAGAGAACGUUGUCCUAACGGGAUCGGUAGCCCAUCGGGAUCUCACUGGGAUUAAGACACCGACGGGACCGGGAUCUGGAUUCCCCCCUGGAUCCGGAGCCACAAGAAACGGGAUCCCCCGGGAACGGGAUCACACCGGAAAAAGGGAUUGUGCCGGGAUCGUGGUCAGAAUGGGUUUGGGUUCUUACCAGGAUCGGGUUCCUAAUGCAAUCCCGUGCAGCGCCGGGUAUAUUGGCUAGUUAAAUAUACGUGAACUCAACUCCCAACGAUUGCUGUAAUUUUCACAAACUAAUAACUGACAUCGGCCGCAAAAGUGCGACUCCUCCUCCUCGGAUUGUGCCCCCCCCUCGGAUUUCGGCCCCCCCCCCCCCCCUCGGGGUGUGACGAGACCACCCUUAUGUGUUCACGUGAAAGCACUUUUAUUAAUUUGAGAAAAUGAAACCGCUCCUAGUCUUCAUGGCACUGAAUGUUCCGUGGAAGGGACCGCGUCACGUAAGCCUAGACUUUAGCGAAGCCUUGUCACUGAUAUCGAUCGGGCUUGUCUUCUUUCCAUGUUACGAAACGUGCUGACGACCACCACCUCCCCCGCUCUCCAUGCCCCGGGGGAUCUGUUAGGGAGAGGAUUGUUAAAAAUAAAGUUCGUAUGUUUUUGUUUUAGGGAUGGGGGUCCAGCAUGCUCUUUUGCUCUCUUUCCCGUAAGUAACUUAUGUAGGAUAGAGAGAGGGAGAAGAAGGAAUACUUUAGGUAGGGUGGGGGAGGAGGGGGAAAUAGAGAAUGUGGUUUAGGGAGGGAGUAAGAGAAAGGUAGAGAGAUACACAGAGAGAGAGAGCGAGUUAUUUCAUCAACAGGGUUGGAACACAUUGGAAAUAUUGUUCUCAUCUAGGCGAAGUGAUGCCUUCUGUAAGCUUUGAUAGGGAACGUGGGGUGGGGGGGGGGGGGGGGGUUUGGUGAUGUUUUAUCUUAUUAUUGAUAUCAUGACUUGGCGGUCACAGACUCUGAGCUCUAUUUAGCUGUCAUCAUGCAAUGUUGAAGUUCUGGCACCUCUGACCUAAGAUGAGGUAGUAAGGAUGUCAUCGGUGUUAAAUAACGCAGUGCGGUGAUUGUGUCAAACAUUUUUGAGGCGGUCUUGUGGGAGCUGCAUUGACCUUGACCUCCGUACGGUUGAUAACUUCACAGAUGCAAAGAUUGUCUUUACAAUCCAUCCGUACAUUUAAAAUAACGUUACACCUUUCAAGAUGGUCUAUAAAUAUUAAAGUUAAAGAAACUUCAAUUUAUUUGGUGUUUUAAGGACAUGGGCUCUGUUUGGCUGCGGGGCUUGAUACGGCUGAGACAGAUAUGUCUUUUAUAUAACUGGAUUCUUGACUGCAUGCACAUUUCUAGCCUUGAUACUGAGAGGAUCAGUCAUGCACAUUUCUAGCCUUGAUACUGAGAUGAUCAGUCAUGCACAUUUCUAGCCUUGAUACUGAGUGGAUCAGUCAUGCACAUUUCUAGCCUUGAUACUGAGUGGAUCAGUCAUGCACAUUUCUAGCCUUGAUACUGAGUGGAUCAGUCAUGCACAUUUCUAGCCUUGAUACUGAGUGGAUCAGUCAUGCACAUUUCUAGCCUUGAUACUGAGUGGAUCAGUCAUGCACAUUUCUAGCCUUGAUGCACAUUUUGGAUUCCUAUCUUGAAUAUAUAUUUAAGCAUUAGAAACAUCACCUCAUUAUUGCUGCUAUUUAAAAUAUGUCACAUUAUUAAAAAAAAUCCCUCGGAGUUGGGAAUCGCAGGCUGAAGUAGUCAACAUAAACUUCUCAUGACCAGAUAAGUGACAUCUUCAACACUCUCAUGUAAAACUGAUGUGUAUAAUGGACAGUCAUGUUCGCUCCCUUGAUGGAAAAUGGACGUCUUUUUUUUUUUUGGUGGUGGUGCUGGGGAAAAGGGGAGGGGUCCGUGGAGACAUAGUCAACGAUGAUUACCUUUGAAUUACUUUUUUCGUCGUCAAUAGACAUGUCAUCCCGAGUUCCGCCGGUUACACCAGAAUGACCAAAACAUCUGUCGCAAGUGUACUAACCAUCGAUGAUUACUAACUUCCUUGGACUCACACCCUUCUUUAAGUAUGGGGUCUCGCCCGUCACGACCAUGAUGUCUCUCCAGGGAUCCCGCACAUAUUGUGUGUCCCCUUACAUUUUUUAUAUGUCGCCUCCCCCCUUCCACGUUAUUUCCAUUUCUUAAUGUACUACUGUAAGUGGUGCCAAACCGUGACCUCGCUUUCGUUGAACAGAAAUAACGUUGGCCAGCUAAUUCCCGAACGGUUUGAAGAAGCUUUCGAAACCUGAAGCUAUGCAGUCGCGAGUUUAGACAUGAUUGAUGAACUUCAGGGUCACUCAAGGUUUCAGUAAUAAAUUUAAAAAAGUAGACGUUGGGUGGGUGGAUUGAAGGGGGGGUGGGGUGUGAAUUCGUUUAAAUGGUGUUUUCAUUUAUUUUUGAUGAAGACUUUGGAAUAAUAAUGCCCUAGAGUAUCUUCUGUUUUGUUGGUUUGUGACGUAAUUUCCUCUUCAUCGCAAACUGUACCCAACUCGUGCAUUCAAAGAGGAGACCCACCGGUAAAGCGUGCUUGUUACUGUGUGAGAGGCGGGUGAGCAACCAUCGGCGUAAAAUGAUUUUACACACAUGGAAAAACGUAGUUUCCCCAAGUAUGAGAAAGAAAUGAGUCUAACGAGAGUGUGGCAUGUUCCCAGCUCGGACUGUUUAAUUAAUGGCAAGGGAGAGGAGAACAAGGUGGAGACAAACGUUGACAAUAGAAACAAAUUUUUCCAGUGGAGAUUCUUGCCUCAACACAUCUUGGAGGUUUUCUUGCGCUUGAGAAAUGUCUUACGUUUGAAUGGCUCUGGCUUAAAAUGUGAGAUAAUGAAAUGUCUUACGUUUGAAUGGCUCUGGCUUAAAAUGUGAGAUAAUGAAAUGUCUUACGUUUGAAUGGCUCAGGCUUAAAAUGUGAGAUAAUGAAAUGUCUUACGUUUGAAUGGCUCUGGCUUAAAAUGUGAGAUAAUGAAAUGUCUUAAGUUUGAAUGGCUCUGGCUUAAAAUGUGAGAUAAUGACAUGUCUUACGUUUGAAUGGCUCUGGCUUAAAAUGUGAGAUAAUGAAAUGUCUUACGUUUGAAUGGAUCUGGCUUAAAAUGUGAGAUAAUGAAAUGUCUUACGUUUGAAUGGCUCUGGCUUAAAAUGUGAGAUAAUGAAAUGUCUUACGUUUGAAUGGGUCUGGCUUAAAAUGUGAGAUAAUGAAAUGUCUUACGUUUGAAUGGCUCUGACUUAAAAUGUGAGAUACUGAAAUGUCUUAAGUUUGAAUGGCUCUGGCUUAAAAUUUGAGAUAAUGAAAUGUCUUAAGUUUGAAUGGCUCUGGCUUAAAAUGUGAGAUAAUGAAAUGUCUUACGUUUGAAUGGCUCUGGCUUAAAGUGUGAGAUAAUGAAAUGUCUUACAUUUGAAUGGCUCUGGCUUAAAAUGUGAGAUAAUGAAAUGUCUUACGUUUGAAUGGCUCUGGCUUAAAAUGUGAGAUAAUGAAAUGUCUUACAUUUGAAUGGGUCUGGCUUAAAAUGUGAGAUAAUGAAAUGUCUUAAGUUUGAAUGGCUCUGGCUUAAAGUGUGAGAUAAUGAAAUGUCUUACGUUUGAAUGGCUCUGGCUUAAAAUGUGAGAUAAUGAAAUAUCUUACGUUUGAAUGGCUCUGGCUUAAAAUGUGAGAUAAUGAAAUGUCUUACGUUUGAAUGGGUCUGGCUUAAAAUGUGAGAUAAUGAAAUGUCUUACGUUUGAAUGGCUCUGACUUAAAAUGUGAGAUACUGAAAUGUCUUAAGUUUGAAUGGCUCUGGCUUAAAAUUUGAGAUAAUGAAAUGUCUUAAGUUUGAAUGGCUCUGGCUUAAAAUGUGAGAUAAUGAAAUGUCUUACGUUUGAAUGGCUCUGGCUUAAAGUGUGAGAUAAUGAAAUGUCUUACAUUUGAAUGGCUCUGGCUUAAAAUGUGAGAUAAUGAAAUGUCUUACGUUUGAAUGGCUCUGGCUUAAAAUGUGAGAUAAUGAAAUGUCUUACAUUUGAAUGGGUCUGGCUUAAAAUGUGAGAUAAUGAAAUGUCUUAAGUUUGAAUGGCUCUGGCUUAAAGUGUGAGAUAAUGAAAUGUCUUACGUUUGAAUGGCUCUGGCUUAAAAUGUGAGAUAAUGAAAUAUCUUACGUUUGAAUGGCUCUGGCUUAAAAUGUGAGAUAAUGAAAUGUCUUACGUUUGAAUGGCUCUGGCUUAAAAUGUGAGAUAAUGAAAUGUCUUACGUUUGAAUGGGUCUGGCUUAUAAUGUAUGAUUAUGAAAUGUCUUAUGUUUGAAUGGCUCUGGCUUAAAAUGUGAGAUAAUGAAAUGUCUUACGUUUGAAUUGUUCCGAUUUAAGUGUAUCAUAAUCAGAAUGUUUAUCCCUACGCUGAACAUGAAUUUAUGCAAUGUAGUAAUCAAACACAUUUUCAUGUAUUUGGAUGAACAAAAGAAAAAAAAUAAAUAUUGAAUUUAAUAUAAUCUUAUCUUAUCAACGGGACUUAAACUGGAUAACAUUUUAUAGCAGAUAUUAACAUUUCUUCCGCCACCACUAACAACAACACAAUUAUAGGAAAGACCAUGUUCUGCCAUAGGGCAAGACCCCGACCUUUUUGUAAGGAAUUUGUUAGAAAGGAGAGUACGUUGUUUGUAGAGGUCGAAGUUUAUGACAUAAAUGUCGAAAAUUGAAUGGAACCUGGCCUGAGAUGGGCUUUUGGGCCGAACGUCUAGUUAGAGCUGAAUAGUAUUAGAAAAUAGUUUCAGGCAUUAUAUCAUUGACGUGGGGGCGACCUCCUCCUAUAAUAUUAAGGGUUACAUGAACCAGUCGUUUGAAAAAAAAAAAAAAAAAAAAAAUGGGGGGGGGGGGGGGGGGGUUGCGGGCUGUUUGAAGUCGAGGUCGUAGGUCAUUUGUCCCAGACUCCUAAAAUUUCCUCUGAUCGCAUAGUUGUUGGUGUAAGCAAUCUAGUUUCGACUCUUUUGAAAGGACAUUAGAAUCCCGGUAACGCCAUGGCAACGACGACGGAGCAAAGAUGAAUGACAUUUCGAGACUAGUGGCGCCCCUUCGUUUAGUUGCACCGAAUUCUUAAAGUCUAACAGUUGAGAUUGUUCUGUCUAAUUUUAUACAUUGUAAUCUUGCAUAAUCCCGCCCAUAUUUAAAAAUAAAAUGUUGUGACACUAUCCUUUUCGUCUUCUCAGAGCUAAUAAUGCCUCUAGUAAUCCAAUAGAAAUGAAAUUGUGUACACAGGUUAGGCUCGUGAUAUAUCUACUUACCCUUUCAACGUUCGGCUCAUCUUCUCUUUUGCCACCUGAACCGUGAUCUAUCAUCUUACCAUUGCAAAGUUCGGCUCAUCUUCUCUGUUGUCACCUCUACUGUAAUAUAUAUUUAGUUAAUAAGAUGUUUCGUAAAAUUUGUGGGAAUAAACAAAUUAUAGCAUUUGAAUCAAUUUAGAUCUAUGUAAAAGCCACAGAUAUUGGGUGUGUAAAAUCGGGGAGCUGAUAAUUCAUGGCUCAUGAUUGGCAUGUGAUCCAUCAUCAUUAUGAUCAAGUGGUCAUUUAAGCAGUGCCCUUUUAGGUAAUGCCCUUCGGCAUGUCACACUAUCGAAAAAAAAGUAUUGAAAGAAAUUAAAUUUAAAAAAAAAAAAAAGAUAUCUGCUUGAGUACCCUGUAAGGCUGGUGUAUCUUUUUACUCGACGAAAAAUCCAAGAUAGAAUGGCAUCAGCACAUAUAAUUUUUUGUGAUCCAACAUCAUUAUGAUCAAGGGGGUAUUUAAGCAGUGCCCUUUUAGGUAAUGCCCUUCGGCAUGUCACACUAUAAAAAAAAAAGUAUUGAAAGAAAUUAAAUUUAAAAAAAAAAAAAAAGAUAUCUGCUUGAGUACCCUGUAAGGCUGGUGUAUCUUUUUACUCGACGAAAAAUCCAAGAUAGAAUGGCAUCAGCACAUAUAAUUUUGGCAAGCGAUUUGCCGCCAAUUCGAGAAAACUCGAUCAAAAUGCACAUGCUAUUUGUCAUUUUCAGUACAUUGUGCCUUGGCCACACCUCUCUGGCAUGUGCACUUAGGGCGGCCAUUUCACAGGCUGGCUGAACUUCGGGCUUUGGUCGUAAAACAACUAUCAAAAUGUCUUUCUCCAAGUUUUCGGAUGUCCUCCACUUCCACUAAUGUCUUUCAAGUCUUCUGAUGUUUUUAAGCAAGUCUUCUGAUAUCUUUAUGCAAGUCUUCUAAUGUUCCCCUCAACGUCUUCCAAAAUCCUUCAAGAUUUUCUCAAAGUUUUCCCUGCUUCCCCGUUCCCGAGUUUGGCUUCAGUUUUAUUCUGGUUUCGCUCAUGUUUCUCUGAGGAAGGUGUUGAUUGUGCACUGGAACUUACAACUUUGAGCAAAAGUGUUGUACUGCAUAUAUUCUGCUUUAACCUAUUUAUAAUGCCUCUUCUCCGUUCGUGACAUGAUCGUGGUUGCCUAUUCCCAAUUAUCUGCCAUAGAUAAACUUCAAGGAGUAAAUUUAUUGCCCUGCUUGUUUUCCUUAUCAUUUUUCAUCACUCGCCGGCUUGAGUGGCACUAGUUGUGAUAACGGCUUAAAUGGCACUAGUAGUGAUAACGGCUUGAAUGACACUAGUUGUGAUAACGGCUUAAAUGGCACUAGUUGUGAUAACGGCUUAAAUGGCACUAGUUGUGAUAACGGCUUGAAUGGCACUAGUUGUGAUAACGGCUUAAAUGGCACUAGUUGUGAUAACGGCUUAAAUGGCACUAGUUGUGAUAACGGCUUAAAUGGCACUAGUUGUGAUAACGGCUUGAAUGGCACUAGUUGUGAUAACGGCUUGAAUGGCACUAGUUGUGAUAACGGCUUAAAUGGCACUAGUUGUGAUAACGGCUUAAAUGGCACUAGUUGUGAUAACGGCUUAAAUGGCACUAGUUGUGAUAACGGCUUGAAUGGCACUAGUUGUGAUAACGGCUUGAAUGGCACUAGUUGUGAUAACGGCUUGAAUGGCACUAGUUGUGAUAACGGCUUAAAUGGCACUAGUUGUGAUAAUGGCUUAAAUGGCACUAGUUGUGAUAACGGCUUGAAUGGCACUAGUUGUGAUAACGGCUUAAAUGGCACUAGUUGUGAUAACGGCUUAAAUGGCACUAGUUGUGAUAAUGGCUUAAAUGGCACUAGUUAUGAUAACGGCUUGAAUGGCACUAGUUGUGAUAACGGCUUAAAUGGCACUAGUUGUGAUAAUGGCUUAAAUGGCACUAGUUGUGAUAACGGCUUAAAUGGCACUAGUUGUGAUAACGGCUUAAAUGGCACUAGUUGUGAUAACGGCUUGAAUGGCACUAGUUGUGAUAACGGCUUAAAUGGCACUAGUUGUGAUAACGGCUUAAAUGGCACUAGUUGUGAUAACGGCUUGAAUGGCACUAGUUGUGAUAACGGCUUGAAUGGCACUAGUUGUGAUAACGGCUUAAAUGGCACUAGUUGUGAUAACGGCUUGAAUGGCACUAGUUGUGAUAACGGCUUGAAUGGCACUAGUUGUGAUAAUGGCUUGAAUGUCAUUAGUUGUGAUAACGGCUUAAAUGACUCUAGUUGUGAUAACGGCUUGAAUGGCACUAGUUGUGAUAACGGCUUGAAUGGCACUAGUUGUGAUAACGGCUUAAAUGGCACUAGUUUUGAUAACGGCUUAAAUGGCACUAGUUGUGAUAACAGGAUGUUGGCAGCCAGAUGAAGUUGCACCAAAUACAUUUGGCGUUUGACAACACUACAUUUAACCCUUGUCAACACUACAUUUAACCCUUGACAGCACUACAUUUAACCCUUGACACACUACAUUUAACCCUUGACAACACUACAUUUAACCCUUGACAACACUACAUUUAACCCUUGACAACACUACAUUGAACCCUUGACAACACUACAUUUAACCCUUGACAACACUACAUUUAACCCUUGACAACACUACAUUUAACCCUUGACACACUACAUUUAACCCUUGACAACACUACAUUUAACCCUUGACAACACUACAUUUAACCCUUGACACACUAAAUUUAACCCUUGACAACACUACAUUUAACCCUUGACACACUACAUUUAACCCUUGACACACUCGGACACAAACACAGAUAUACACAUUGAGUCACACAAAAAUACAGAGAGAGAGAGAGAGAGGCGGAGAGGGAGAGAGAGAAAAGGUGGGUAGCUCAAAAUAAAGAUAAAAGUGCCACUCCGGUGGACCGCCCCAUCUCCCCCUUCCUACGUCACUGCAAACAGAUAGAGUUACAGUCAUCUACAGUCACACUGCUGUCACACGCGCACACAAAGAUACACACACAAAUGCAGACAUUCACACAGAGAGAGAGCGACGUACAUACACAAAAGGAAGGCCUCCCCUACUUCAUUCUGUAUAUCUGUGUCGCACAUACACAGAAGGAAGGCUUUCCCUACGUCAUUCUGUAUAUCUGUGUCGCCAUCUCUAGUGAUAGUGCUGCCAACGAACAGGUCGAUCAAUUCAUGUUCCAGGGUCUUGUCAACUCGCCACUGACUGCUGUCAUUUAAUUGGUCCGUGACAACAAGCUCAGAACUCACACUUUUCAUUUUGACCAGCUUCCUGUUCUUGGUUGGUAUUAGCAUUGGGGGAGGGGGGGAGGGAAAGAUAUUUACCAUCUAGCCUUGAAAUUUGUCCUACAUGUGACUCUGAAAAAUGGCGAACAUGCGGUCCUGAACAUGUGGCUCUGGACAUAUGGCUGACAUGUGGCUCUGUACCAUGACUAUACACAACUGACCCUGAACAUAUGGCUAAAAUUUCACUGAAACCUGGCUAUGUUAAUCUAACCCUGAACUAAUGGCUCUGAAAAUAUGGUCACAUCUGGAUCUGAACUUAUGGCUGAGAUUCUGAUCUUAAAUUAUUGUUUUCAUCUGGCCCUGAACAUGAUGCAUCUAAAUUGAACAUUUGGCUGACAUCUAGUCCUAACCAACUGGAUCUGAACAUCUGGCCAUUAAUUUAAAUAAAACUUUAUAAUAAGUAUGGCACUGCUCUGAUUUGUCAUAUUUGAAGUAAAGGGACACGAUUUUUAAAAAAUUUUUUUUUUUUACACUUAAUAGAAAAAUGCAAAAAUCACAAAUCUUUUUUGACUCAAUAGCUGUCACAUAAUGUCCCAAUCUUAGCAGUCCACCAUCCCAAUCUAAGUUAACCUUGCACUGAUCCUUGCAUGCUAGCCGUAAUGUAUGUUUGUCCCAUUCAAAUUCAUCCCACUGACCAGUUCCACUCUUGUGUAUUUCCAGGACCAGUAGUAGCUCCUCCCUUUCUCUGUCCUUAUUCAGCGAGAGUGACCUUGCAGAGGCACCAUCUACCAGCGGAUGCAGGUGAGAUUCCAAAUUCUCCAUCUUAAAAUGCUGUUUUUUGUUGUUGUAAAGUAUGUUAAGAAUGUGAUGUUUAAGGCUGUGGUGUACAUCGUAUGUCACAAAGUCAAAUAAAUCUUGGGUGCCGGCAUCAAUGCCAUACAUGCAGACUACUUGAUCCUGUUGGUUUAGUUAAGAGUAAUUGUAAGACGCAAUGUAUACAUGGUUCUUCCUUUCCCCUUUCCUGUUAAGUUUAGAGUAGUUGUAUAUUUACAGACUUGAAGUCUUGAUUAUUCCUUUCUCCUUUGUUGUCCUGAGCAGCUCAGAAAUGGCCAGCGCCAUGCAGUCCAAAGAAAAAAAGAAGGAAAGGGCUAAAGAAUUCAUGAAGAAGCUGAAGUCCAUGCUUCCUAUGAAGGAGAGAACCGGAAAGAUGGACACACUGUCCACCCUUGAGCAGCUUGUCAACAGCAUGCGACAACUUAAUGGUCAGCUAUUUAAUUUUCUAUGUUAAACUUAAUUUUUUUAUCCUUUUUUUAAAAUGAUUCGAUCCUGUGUGCGUUGAGUUGAUGGCUGGACAUUAGGAACAAGUGAAUCAGAACAGAUUAUCAGACUUUGCAAACAGUGCUCAGUCUUUAGUUGUAAUGUAAUGGAAUUUAUAUAAGUAUAAAAAUCUGCUUUAAUUAUCACUUUUAGUUAUUCCAUGAUAUGAAUAGCCUCACAACGCAGCAACUAAAUUCUAUUUUUAAAAAUAUAUUCAUGACAUCAUCAUAAAGCAUGGCAAAAAAAAUCUAAUCUGAUGUAUUUUCCAGCAGUUCAAUAAUCCCAGAUUUAAGGGUGUGAGGCGAGCAUGGUGUCAAGGAAGUUGGGAUGACGUUGACUAUUUAUCCAACAAUAUUUAUUAGGCAUUAAUGUAUUGAAGUGAAGUUUGUGUGAAACUGUCAUGUGAAUUUAAUCUAGACACAUUUUUGUGUGUGUCUCUUAAUUCACUUCAAAGUUGACUCAUCCUCUAAAACAUAUUAUUUACUUGACAUAAAUAUUGCCACCUGACUUUAAUAUUGCUACCUGAUUUUAACAUCGUAUGUACCUGUUUUAAAUAGAAGAACAGAAGAGACACAGCGAGUUCAAGACCCCGCCUCCACACAGUGGUUCCUAUCAUGGAAAUGACUCCGAAAGACUUUCUCAUGUAAAUUUCAGCAUUGCUUGUAAAUAGAUGAGUUUAAAUUAUGAAAAAUAUGAACUAUGAUAGAAUGGACCAAAAAAUCCUUUGCUAAAAUUGACAAAUUAUUAGGAGGAAAUUUUUUUUUUGCUCUGCCUCAAUUUGUCCUUUUAAUUAUUCAAUAUUUAAUCGGGCACACACACACAAACUUGUUAUGUGAGUUACUCUUCUGCAUUCAUAACAAGGAUUGUGAAUUUUUUUGCCAAGAUCGCAUUAUACUAAUUCAAGUAAUUAUAUUUUGUUUUUAUUGUGAAUCUAGCAAAAUGUAAAAUUAAUACCAUAUGUGAGUAAUUGUGGUUAAAAUGUGUCACAAAUACUACUUAAUUGGUGUAUUCUUUAAGAAGCCUUCCUGGACAGAGAUGUAAAAGUUAUUUCUGUGGAAUUUAAAAAAAAAAUAUUAUAAAUAGUAUUGUUACAAUGAGGUUAAUUUAUUAAUUUAAAAAAAAAAGCAUAUUUUGUUGUCAAGUGUGGAAUAUUCGAAAAUAAAAUAAUUAGUGAAAUUAUCCUUCACUUUCACGAGUUACAGCUGAUAUGAAUACCAUUUCAUUGUCAAGGCAAAGCAAAAUGCACAUUUUGCAGUGGCGAAGCGAGGCAGGUGCGGGGGGUGCGGACCGCACCGGGUGACACCAUUUUAGGGGUGACACCCGAUUGAAAAAUUGCAUAUUUACAGGGCACACAUUGCUCGCAAAAAUCGAGAUUCAUAAAAGAAUAACCGAUCACACAUAUAUUUUUCACAAAUUUAACCAAUCCAAAUGCGUUGGGGGGGGGGGGGGGGGUGGUGACACCAUGAGUUUACCGCACCGGGUGACACCAACCCUAGCUACGCCACUGACAUUUUGUAUCAUUAACUUAACUUUUUUCUUUAAAAAAGCAAAAUAAAAAUUCCUGUGCCAUUAAUAAAGGAAAUGUUUUAUUCUUCAGAGCAAUAUGUUCAUAUCUGUGUCAUUAAAGAAUCAUGUUGUGCUGUCAGCAUCCCCAGCUCUGAUGGAGCACUUGGGAUACCCAGUGGUAACUUGACAGUUUACAGUUUACAUUUUAUCAUAACAUAACAGUGGCUAAACAGUUGUUCAUUUUGUCAAAUUAAAAAAGUGCUGUUCUAAAAAUUGUUAAUUUAAAAAGAAAAAAAAUUGUUGUUAUAAAUUCUUUUUUCAUUUCAAAAGUCAAAUAAUUGUCUAGACUUUCAAAGUAAGUUUUAAAAAAAAUCUUAGAUUAAGUCAGAUGCCUUGUACAACUAUUUUAAAUUGAAACCUCAACUGUGUUCAUUACCCAGGUAAAAAUCUAUUAAUUCUAAUUUCAGAUAUAUUUUAUUUUGUCCCUACCGAAAUUAUGAAGUCAACAUUUAAAUUUUUUAAAUGUUGUAAUUUUUAAAAAUUCUGUUAAGUAUUUGAGUCUUAGAGGUAUAUACUUUCAGAAGCAUUGUAUUAUAUUAUAUUAACUGCUCAAGGACUUACUUUUGAGCUAAUUCAUGGGUUAUAAUGUUUACAAAUGUACAUAAUUAGUACAAUUAACGGGGAGAAAAUAUUCUUUAAUUUUGUGCAAACGGGUUUAAUUUUUGUUUCUUUAAUUUUUUUUUAAACACACAUUACAAGUUUUUAUAUGAAAAUCUUUGUUGGUUUUAUCAGCUGUUUGACAUAUAAUUCAAAUAAUUAUAUUCGAUAGAGAUAAAUUUAAGAUGCAGAGAUGAUUUAUAAAUUGUUACAAAUUUAAUUCUUAAAAAAAAUUUGACAGUUUUUUGGUUUGUGUGCCAAUUUAAAUUAUAAAGGAUUGGUGGAAAGGGAGACUACUGAAGGACUUCCUGAAUAAAAAAGACACAAAUAUGGUGAACAGCUGCGUAGCUCAGCAUUCCAAUGAUGAAGAUCACACUGAGACUUCUGGUGAGUCCGAAAAAAUGAUGGCUGUGAUGAUCCCUUGUCUAGUUGACCAUUUUAAUCAAUGCAUCUUUAUACGGUUUAAAGGGCUUAUAAAUAUAAGAAUGAGCUAUGCUGACCAUAACCCUAAAGAACCGAUAAAAUUUAGAUACGUUCGGAUUCUUAAAAACAAUCCUAGUUAUUUUCUAUUAUUUUACGGAAAUCGAAUAAAUUGAAAUGCGCAAAAAAAUAUUAUAUAUCUGCUUUUAUUUUAGUAAAAGUUUUAGUAUUAUUAUUAUUUUAAAAAACAAAUACAUUUAAAAUAACUAAGGAACUAUUUUAAGCAUUUUAUAUGUGUUUGAAAGUUAUGAAAAAAAAUAUUUAAAAAAAAGUUAUGUUAAAAAAAUUACCCCUAAUCACUUUUAUCGGGAAAAUCCAAACAUCAGUUUUUUUAGUGGGUUAUUUAGUGCAUUGCUAAUAUUGCAAAAAAAAAAAAAAAAAAAAAAAAAAAAAAAAUUUUUUUAGGGGGUUAUUUAGUGAAUUUCUAAAAUUGAAAAAAAAAAAAAAAAAAAAAAAAAAAAAAGUUAAAAGUUUUUACUAUUUUAAAUUUCAAAAAUAUACUUUUAUUAAAUUUAUAACGUAAUAAAAACUUAAUCUUUAAAUAUACUUCUAAUAAGAAGAUGCCGUUUUAGUCAAUCAAACAGCUUUUACUAAUUCCCCUUAUAACUCAUCCAAAUAAGAACAAACCAUAUAAAGGGCAAAAUAUGUUAGUUUGGACAUGGAAGGGACUACAAUCUGGUGGAAGAUUUGAUUAAUUUAUUUAAAUCAGGGGGCGGGGUGUUGGUCAUUUUACCCCAGGCAGGACAAGAUUAGUCACAAAAAAGAGGAAUGAAUUAGAUAAAUUAUUAACCUUCUUGGGUACAUACAUAUCAGCAGUAGGAUUUUUACGUGGAUGACAAUAUAUUUAAAUCCUAUGGUAUUACAUUUGUGAAAAAUAGAGAUGUUACAUUCUCUUUUUACAAAUAAACAUGUUUACCAAUUAAGAAAUCAAUGGGGUUAACAAAACGUGGGUACAUUUAUAUAAGUAUACCCAUGGAUAUCAAAACCCAAUCAUUUUACACUCUUGAAAAUUUAAUUUUGAAAAAUGGAGAUAGGAUAAUGUUUUCUUUAAAAAAAAAUGAAAAUGUUUUUUUUUUUACUUUUUGAAAAAAAAAGUGGGUGUGUAUUUUAAUGAGAUUAGCAAUUUAAAAAAAAGACACUCAAGUUUGUUAUAGACGUGAAGAACGGUUGCAAGAUUGUUGUUUUACGUUUUUUGAUACUGUAUAAUUUUAAAAAACAAGUCAAAAGUUUGUUUGAAGAUAUUAAUAUAUCAAAUUCCUUUCAUAUGAAAUAUAUAUACGUCAUAUAUAGAAUUUUUGUUGUAAAUUUAAGGUUAUGUUUUCACAAUUUUUAGAGAAAAAAGUUAAAGCUCAUGGGCAGGAAGAGGGGUAAAACUAAAGUAUUUCUCUAGCGCAGAAAUUGUCCCUCAAUUUACUUCUUUAGUGACAAAAGUGAUAUAAUUAGUAAUAAUUUAGAUUGGGUAAUUUAUGGCCAUGUUCAGAGAGAAAAACGUAGUUUAUGGGCAUGAAAGGGAGUACGGUAAGCAUAUAACAUAUAGCAGAUAAAUACUUCUCAAAACUUAAUGAUGUUAGAAAUGUAAAUAUCAUUACAUGCAAAUUCUUUUUGAAGUUUGGAAUUGUGAUGAGUUUUGCAAUAGCAGGUAGAAAUUAUCGCAAAGGACCUACCAUUAUUAUCCUGAUAACAUCGGUCCGUUUAUUCUAGUAAUCAAUAUUUUAUUAUAAAGUUUACAGCAUUUAUUAUGAGAUUAUAAUCAAUAUAAUGUUAUUAAGUGUAAAGCAUUUAUUUUUUAAAAACAUUUUGAAAUGGAGUUUCUAGUGUAAUGUCUUUAAUGAAUGUAACUCAGGAGUAGUGCCAGACCCACUAAUGUUUGGUUUAUCAUCUUAGAGUGGCCAUUAAUGGCUUUGUUUAAAAAUGAUUUUAGCAUUAUUCACCAAAUGUACAUGAUGGAACAUUUGGGCCCCCACAGCUUUCAAAUAAUGAACUGUUAUUUUCUUUAUAUUUUUCACCAACAGUUGGCAUUCCAUCAACAACAGGAGCAAAAGAAGGCUCCAAGUACUUCUAUGCCAGAAUCAGGUAGUUAGCAUCAGUUUUAAAGUGAUAAGGUUUAUGAAAGCUUUACAGUUCUAAGUAUAUUCUAUACAGUUUCUAUAUUGUAACAAUAGGUGCAAGUCAAAUAGACAAGGUGUUUUAAUGAUGGAGCUCACAUGCUUUUUUGGGAGGUUGAUAAAUUGUGCAGUCUUCACCAAAAAUCCUUAUAAAAUGUGUAAGGAUACAGACAGUGAACACACUGAUGUCAAAGUCAUUAAACAAAUUUUUACCUACAGGCGAUUUCGUAAGCUUGGUAAUGGCUUCAACCUGCACAACAUUGUGUCCUACUGCCACUUCAUGAUGAUGAUCACCACCAAGCCACUCGAACAGUCAGACUCGUCGGAUGAUGACAGCUUUAAGCACAGGAAGGCGUUGACCAUUUACUGCCAACCCUUGACUUCUGCCUAUGAAGGUGAGCCAUACGGUUUGUACACUUGCUGGGUGCUUUUUGUGUGGCUGAGAUCUUCCUGUAGGAGAGUAUUUUUGUAAGACUUUGAUGAUGUUGUGGAAUAAAGUGGAAAAUAACCCGACACCAAAGUGAACCGAGUGAAGUCCUUAUGGUGUAGAACAGGGCAAACUUUUUGUGCAGAGGUCCACAUUGACAAAUGUAAAGCUAUUUGGGGGCCGCAUGUAUAUCAUGUCCAAUUUUUAACAUGUCGAUAAAAAUUUCUAUAUAUUAAAAUCAGUAAAUUCGCAUUUAAGCAUGACAUGACAAAAGUCAAGGACUGUUAAAAAAAAAAGAGAAUUAGAAAGAAAUUUGAUAAUAAAUGUUCAAACAGUCAUAAUGGUAAACGAAAUUCUGAAAAAUUCAACAAAAUAACUUAAAAACAAAGUAUUUUAAAAAAAUGUCUAAAUGCCUGUGAGGGCCGCAUAAUAUCAGUUGCCGGGGCCGCAUGUGGCCAGUGGCCCGUAGUUUACCCACCCCUGGUGUAGAACAAGACCGAAGACACAAACUGUGUAAGUAACAAGUGCGAUUAAGCUUUAAUAAUAUAAACAAGUUUUCACCAGCUUCACAAAGCACAUGACUUUAAAUUGGACAUACAACCACCUACUGAAUAAGAGGGUAACAGAAAAGAAAAAAACAAAAUUUUUAAAAUUUGUAAUGAUAAGGGUGAUAAUCAGACCAUUAAAGUUAAUGAUCAGUAUUCAGUUAUGUAUAAUACACAAAAAAAUUGAAAAAAAAAAAUUCCAAGUAACAUACAUUGUCUGCUGCCAUGUUUGAAACAAUCUUAAUUGAUGCUGGCUAAUGAAAUAUAUUUUUACUAAACAUUUUAAUUUCAUUUGCAGAUGGACACCUUGCUCCUGAGAAAUGGAAGUUUAGCCUAAGGCAUUCCUUGUUCUGCAACUACACUUAUGUGCAUCCAAAGUAAGUCUUUCCUGUAUGCUGCUUGAGUUGUCACCUAAUAGAGGGUUUGUCACCAAACCUAGGGGACUUUUACCAAAUAUAUGGAGUCAUCACAAAAUUGAUAUAGACAUAGAAGGUUAUCACAAAGGGGCAAAAUCUUUUAAACUCAAAUACCUCUAUUAUGAGGUUACCUCACCAACCUAAUUCAAACUUUAACAUGGCAGACUGAUUGAGAUGAAUGGGGUGGGGGGUGGGGUUACAAUAUGAACUUGCAGUCUGGCAAAGGUCAGAACUCAACCAAUGUUGGUUUUUUUUUUUCCUUUUAAUUUUUAUUUUGUUAAGGUGUUAGCAAACAUUGACAUAAUAUGGUCUUAUCUGAUUUUAUCCUUCAAAGAAAAAAACAAAACAUUUAAAUGUGCCCCCAUCCCCCCUGUCAGUCACUGUGCCCCUCAGUUGCACCCCUGAAUGCUGGUCUGUAACUUUUCAGACCUGUUCUAAUCAACACAUUACCAUUCAGUAAGAGUGAAGAAUUUUACAUUUUUUUUAUUUUGUCGGCUAACUUUGACAUAAUUGUUGGCUUCAUUAUUUAUUUUAUUUUUUAAAACAGCGCUGUACGCCUCCUGGGCUUCCUGCCCCAAGAUUUGAACGGCAUGUCAAUCUUUGAGCUGUACCAUCCUGAAGAUUUCCACCAACUUUUGGAGAUCCAUAAGAAAAGUAGGUUCAUUAAGUAGGUCGAGAGCGAUGCGGUCGCCCUUGACUUAUACCUGCAGUUUGGCAAGUGGUGUGGUCAUAAAGUAAAUAGUACUGGGAUUAUUUUGAAAACUGCAUCAAAGUUUGUCCUAAAAGAUGGAAAUAAUUGUAAAAGUUAAAAAAAAAAAAAAAAAUUAAAUUAAAAAAAAAAAAUAAUAAAAUAAAAUUGACCUUCAUUUUGUUUAAUCCUGGUUACAUAAAACAGUAGUGGACCACAUCCUGGCAAGAUAACACCUUAGUGGUCCAAUGUUAGGGUUCAACUGGACCACAUCCUGGCAAGAUAACACCUUAGUGGUCCAAUGUUAGGGUUCAACUGGACCACAUCCUGGCAAGAUAACACCUUAGUGGUCCAAUGUUAGGGUUCAAUUCGACCAUAUCCUAGCAGGAUUAAUACCUCAAUUGUUCAAUGUCAGGGUUCAACUGGACCACAUCCUGGCAUGGUAACAACUCAGUAGUUUAUUUGUCAGGGUUCAAUUGAACCACAUCCUGACAUGAUAACCCCUCAGUGAUUCAAUAUUCUGGUUCAACUGGAUCACAUCCUGGCAUGAUAACACCUCAGUGGCUCAAUUAUAUCUGUUCCCAUCAUUUGUUUAAUGAGCAAUCAUCUUUUAACACACAAUAAAUAAUCUGAUUAUAAAUAAUCUGACACUUGAGCUAGUUGUACGUAAAUGGAAUAAUUUGUCAAAUGUAUGAUUUAAAGUAUAUUUUUUAGGCUAAAUAAAAAUGAUUAAAUAUUUUUAAAAAUAGCACAUUGAAUUGUCCCCCAUGCUUCUUUUACAAUUCAAGCAUUAAAUUAUUCAGAGCUGUACAGCACAUCGCUUAUUAAAUGUACAGAGCGGAAUCUUUGAACAAAAAUUGUCAUUUCCAGUUAUACUCUCCAUGGGUCAGCCCUUUAAGAGUGGUACCGUUCGCCUGAGGACGAGGAACGGAAGUUUUGUGGAGGUGGAGACUGAGUGGUCAAGCUUUAUCAAUCCUUGGUCAAAGCGGCUCGAGUUUAUCAUUGGGCAGCACACUGUCUUGAAGUGAGUGGUCAGACACUGGUUAUUGAUUCUUUUUUUAAAAAAAUGUGAAUACCCAUGGUCACAAGCCGCAGUGGUCAGACACAGGUGUGGCUGGUAGGAAUUAGGACUAGUAUGCUGCAAGAAAAUUGUUACAAGUGUUGUCCAAGAAAAAUAGGCUAUGCUUCUAUAAUAUUAUUUGUCAUCAAAUUAUCAUUCAGAGGGCCGUCGAGACCAGAUCUCUUUGAAGAUCUCCCUUACAAACCAGAAAAGCUUCAACUCUCGCCUGAAGUCAGAAAAAUCCAGGAGAAUAUCUUGGAAGUCCUGAAUAAAGUGAGUGCAAAACAACUAAAUAUUGUUUCUACAUUGUAGAUCAAAUGACAUGGAAAGUGACAGUGACUAUCUUUAUACUUCAGUGCGUAAUGACAUGGAAAGUGACAGUAAUUAUCUCUAUAUUUCAAUGCCUUACAACACCACUAAAAUGGGCUAUUGGUACCCUGGUCCCUGAUCAUGUAAACGUCUAUAUUUUAGCUAUUCCCUUCACUUAUGUCAGUUCUGUUGAUUGCCCCGCUUUUGCCCAUGUGUGUACUUGUGUGAGUAACAACACUGGAUUUUCUCUAGUGUUAUCAGUAAAUGUUUUUCCAUUCAGAAAUUGAAGGAAGGAUACACUCAUACACAUCAUAUUCUUUAUGAGAUGAAAUGCACUACAAAAUGGGCAAUAUGUCAACCAUUCCUGAUGAUUUUUUCUUCUUUCUAGCCUGUCCAGGGAGUUUUUGCUGAACCAUCACCAGUCAUUCAAACUGUUAAAGAGACAAGUAAGUUUUGUUUGUAAAUUAAAACACCCCUAAAAAUUCCCUCUUGAGAUACACGAAAUCUGUUACUGUUUUAUUGGCAGAUUUUUAAAAAAGCUAUGGCUGUUUUGAAAAGACAUUUCUCUUCUCUGUAGUGAGAUUUCAGUAGUACUUUAACUAAUUUUUUUUAAAAAUCCUGUUAGUACCCUAGACUUGUGCACUGACUUGUGAACUUGACCUGUAUACUUACUUGUACAUUUGACCUGUACACUUAACCUGUACACUUGACCUGCACACUUGACUUGUACACUUGACUUGUACACUUGAUUGGAGUAAUAUAUAUUUAUUUCUUGGUUCUGGUUCUUAUACCAUAAUUAACUAAAUACAUCAAAAACAUCUUCUCAUCUUUAGCUGCUGUUGUACAGAAGUCGACGACAGCACAAGGAGCCAAUAGGGAAGUUGACACAACAGCCAAAGCAGCUGCACCAGCAGACAAACCAAAGGUCAGUUUAGCCUGGGGAGGGGGGGGAUUAAUUGUGGCAUCAACCUGGACUAAGAUAAACAUGAAUUCUUUAUAAGGAAUGAAAAAGGAAUUGAGGGCAAACAAUUUUUUUAUCUUCCACUUUAUGUAAUUGAGAUAACCAUUAAACAUGUUAUAUAGCAGUGACUCUCAACCAAUGAAUAAUGGGCAAACAUUUUUUAUCUUCCACUUUAUGUCCUUGAGAUGACCUUUAAACAUGUUUGUUAUACAGGGAGCUGAAACAAAAAAAAAAAAGUUUUUUUAUAGAAAAAUAGGGUUGAAAAAUUAAGAAUACUCAAAGGGUAGACGAAAACCCUGCUGGAGGACAAUAACAGAAUGUGCACGUUUCUGCCAAAAAGACCUCUUCAGCAAAAACAGUUGAAGACAAAGACAAACACUCUUAGCUUGUAUAGAUAGGUAGACUACAGGAAAUGCAGACAUUUUCAACUACGAAAGUGACUCAUGAAAUCAAAGGAUUAGUGUAUGAGAUUAACAGGAAAUGUAAAAGAUUAUAAAUAAAUGGAUAAAUUAGAUAAGAUGUAGAUUGAAGAUUUCUCUGAAAGGAGGACUGUGUGGGUGAGGUUAACAAAGAUGUUGGAUGAGGCAAAUAUUCUGGAAAGAACACAAUAGGCAAAUGGGUUCUUGCUUUACCAACAGAUUUUUGGAACUCUAGACAAAUAAUCAGAAUGUCAAAUUUUUAAUUUUGUAUGGUUCAGAAAGAUGGGGGUCAUUAAAGAAAGAUUGGGAAAGACUUAAAACAUACAUGAAUAGUUUACUAAAAAGAAACUUUAACAUCAGGUGGUUCCACAAGUCAAAUAUAGCAAAUAUUAAGGUUGUAAGGAAGAAGGGAAAGGAACUUCACAUAAUGUAAAGGGGUGGAGACAGAGAGAGAGAGAGAGAGAGUGGGAGAGAGAGAGUGGGAGAGAGAGAGUGGGAGAGAGUGUGGAGAGGGGGGGGAGAGAGAGAGAAAAUGACACGUACCAUGCAGUGUCAGUGUUUUUAUACAAAUAUUAAUAAAUGUCCAUUUAUAUGGCAAAAGUGAUUUGAUUGAACUCUUGUCAUUUUACACUGUUCUGUUUUUGUUGUUUAGGGGGAGGCCGCUGCCGCCACUGAGAGUAAAUCCGCUGUCCUUGAUGAAAAGGGCAUCUUGUCCAUCUACAACCAGUUGAAUUAUUCACACAAAAUUAAAAGGUGACGGGUGACUUUCUUGGUUUUUUUACUCAUUAAAAAAAAAGAAUUUGAAUAUUUUUUUUCAUGAAAUUUGUGUUAAAUUUAUAGUUUAACAAUUUAAGUUGUGCAAUAUUUUUUUGUAUAACUUUCAAGAAUGAGAUACAAAAAAUAAAUAAAUAAAUAAAUAAAUAAAUAAAUAAACAAACCGCUAAAGCAUUAAAAGGUUAAGAAAAAAAAGGUGUUUCUUGACAGAGAAUCAAUUAAGGAUCAUUCACUUGGUUGCCCAGCCCUCUACAUGCAGCAUCACCGGGUGUCUUAGAUCAAUGAAGUAAUCAAACCAAAAGUAGGAAGUGGCAGGGGGAAACAAACAACUUGAAACAGAAUUAUCUUCCGACUUUUGACAAGAACCCUAAGCAUAAAUUCAAAGAGCUGUUCAAUAUUUUCAUCAUAGUUUAUAAAACCAAAACUGGGGGGGCCCCCAAACAAUGAUUAAGAGAUUUCAUUUUAUGGCUGAAAAACUCACCAGUUCAUAAAAUGAAGUUCUCUUGUUUACGUCACUUAAGGUUCAAAUUUUUCUAAAUUUAUUAUAAAUUAAUUUAUGACCUUUCAAAUGAAAAGAUUUAUUGAGAAUACCAUUAUUGAAUUAGCUUAUUUAAUUCAGUAGAUUAACUUAGCUUAUUAAAUUCAUGAGAAUAAAGGACAUGGCCUAAUUGGUAUAUUGAUUUGCAUUCAUGAAAUAUGUACAAAAUUACUUGGUUACAUAUUUAAAAAAAUAGGUUAAAAUGAGCGUAACUUUCAUUACCCAAGUAUUUUGAUGGGCUGGCCACACCAGAAUACCAAUAAGGGUUUGUUUUUGUACCAGACUAUAGACUCCGUAGCUGUACCAAUGGGUUGGCUCUUGGUAAAAAAAAGGGUUAAAGAACCCUUAACGUGGAAGAAGUAUGUCAAAUGUCAUCAUCAUAACCACAGGCUGUGGCCAGUUGCCAGGACAUUCUUGCCUGGUUUAAUAACCCUCAAUUAAUCCUGACAUUAGCUGGUUAUGUAAACCUACUCAUGUGAUCUCAGUUGCUGGUAAUACCCAGCAAAAAAUCAGGUGGUGCCACACAUAUAAUUUAAAACUUUCAGUUUGAUGGAAACCUGCUAAAUGAGUUUUGUAUUCAACCAUAAGAUUUGUUUCAUUUGGAGCUCAAUAAAGUAAUGUUACAUAUAACUUGAUCAGUGGGUUGGAGAAUCAUUAAGAAAUGAACAUCAAAUUUACUUCUGAAGUAGUUAUGAACAACUUAUUGUUAAAAAACAAUUCCAGGAAAUAUUAUUUGUGCUUCUGAUAACUGUGAUGAUGAUGUAGAGCCAAAUUAGAGAACUGUCACAACAUGAUUGACAUUUGAGGAAAUGUCUUUGGAAAAUGUUUUUAAGUAACAGAAUUGGCAUUUUUCAAGUGUCUUAUAAAUUUUUGUCUAUUUAGAUAUUGAAGUAAGGGUACAACUUGAUCUGCGCAAGGCAUCUAAUUCAUGGGAAUAUGUCUUUAGGACUUUAUAUACAGGGGGGCAACUAGUCAGUCUGGCUUGAGAAACUUUUUAUUAGACUAUAUGUGCCUUAGUGAUCAGGAAUACUUAAGAUGGUGGGUGGGAUCACACUGAGAUGGUCGAAUGGGUUUACCAGAGAUGGUAGGUAGGGUCACAUGAGAUAGUAGAGUGGGUCACAUGAGAUGGUAGAUUGGGUCAUAUGAGAUGGUAGAUUGGGUCAUAUGAGAUGGUAGAUUGGGUCACAUGAUAUGGUAGAUUGGGUCACAUGAUAUGGUAGAUUGGGUCACAUGAGAUGGUAGAUUGGGUCACAUGAUAUGGUAGAUUGGGUCACAUGAGAUGGUAGAUUGGGUCACAUGAGAUGGUAGAUUGGGUCAUAUGAGAUGGUAGAUUGGGUCACAUGAUAUGGUAGAUUGGGUCACAUGAGAUGGUAGAUUGGGUCACAUGAGAUGGCAGAUCGAGUCACAUGAGAUGGUAGAUUGAGUCACAUGAGAUGGUAGAUUGAGUCACAUGAGAUGGUAGAUUAGGUUGAUUGGGUUUACAUGAGAUUGUAGAUUGGGUCACAUGAUAUGGUAGAUUGGGUCACAUGAGAUGAUAGAUUGGGUCACAUGAUAUGGUAGAUUGGGUCAUAUAAGAUGGUAGAUUGGGUCACAUAAGAUGGUAGAUUGGGUCACAUGAGAUGGUACAUUAGGUCAAGAGAUGGUAGAUUUGGUCACAUGAGAUGGUAGAUUGGGUCACAUGAGAUGGUAGAUUGGGUCACAUAAGAUAGUAGAUUUGGUCACAUGAGAUUGUAGAUUGGGUCACAUAAGAUUGUAGAUUGGGUCACAUGAGAUGGUUGAUUUGGUUGACAUGAGAUUGUAGAUGUGGUUUACAUGAGGUGGUGGAUCGGGUCACAUGAUAUGGCAGAUUGGGUCACAUGAGAUGGUAGAUUAGGUUUACAAGAGAUAGUAGAUAGGGUCACAUGAGAUGGUAGAUUGAGUCACAUGAGAUGGUACAUUAGGUUGAUUGGGUUUAGAUGAGAUGGUAGAUUGGGUCACAUGAGAUGGUACAUUAGGUUAAGAGAUGGUAGAUUUGGUCACAUAAGAUGGUAGAUUGGGUCACAUGAGAUGGUACAUUAGGUUAAGAGAUGGUAGAUUUGGUCACAUAAGAUGGUAGAUUGGGUCACAUGAGAUGGUACAUUAGAUUAAGAGAUGGUAGAUUUGGUCACAUAAGAUGGUAGAUUGGGUCACAUGAGAUGGUAGAUUUGGUUUACAUGAGAUUGUAGAUUUGGUAUACAUGAGAUUGUAGAUUGGGUCACAUGAUAUGGUAGAUUGGGUCACAUGAUAUGGUAGAUUGUGUCUUUCAUAUCUGAUACCAUGGGGAUUGUGUCUUUCAUAUCUGAUACCAUGGGGAUUGUGUCUUUCAUAUCUGAUACCAUGGAGAUUGUGUCUUUCAUAUCUGAUACCAUGAGGAUUGUGUCUCUCAGAUCUGAUACCAUGGGCAUUGUGUCUUUCAUAUAUGAUACCAUGGAGAUUGUGUCUUUCAGAUCUGAUACCAUGGAGAUUGUGUCUUUCAUAUCUGAUACCAUGGAGAUUGUGUCUUUCAUAUAUGAUACCAUGGAGAUUGUGUCUUUCAUAUCUGGGACCAUGGAGAUUGUGUCUUUCUUAUCUGAUUCCAUGGGGAUUGUGUCUCUCAGAUCUGAUACCAUGGGCAUUGUGUCUUUCAUAUAUGAUACCAUGGAGAUUGUGUCUUUCAGAUCUGAUACCAUGGAGAUUGUGUCUUUCAUAUCUGAUACCAUGGAGAUUGUGUCUUUCAUAUAUGAUACCAUGGAGAUUGUGUCUUUCAGAUCUGAUACCAUGGAGAUUGUGUCUUUCAUAUCUGGGACCAUGGAGAUUGUGUCUUUCUUAUCUGAUUCCAUGGGGAUUGUGUCUUUCAUAUCUGAUACCAUGGAGAUUGUGUCUUUCAUAUAUGAUACCAUGGAGAUUGUGUCUUUCAGAUCUGAUACCAUGGAGAUUGUGUCUUUCAUAUCUGGGACCAUGGAGAUUGUGUCUUUCUUAUCUGAUUCCAUGGGGAUUGUGUCUCUCAGAUCUGAUACCAUGGAGAUUGUGUCUUUCAUAUCUGGGACCAUGGAGAUUGUGUCUUUCUUAUCUGAUUCCAUGGAGAUUGUGUCUUUCAUAUCUGGGACCAUGGAGAUUGUGUCUCUCAGAUCUGAUACCAUGGGGAUUGUGUCUCUCAGAUCUGAUACCAUGGGGAUUGUGUCUUUCAUAUUGUUUUAAAGUGAGGGAGAGUUGCUCAAUACGUCAGUCUCACUCUCUCAUCCGAUUGCAAGACUUAGUCAAGGCGACUGGAACUAGAGCAGGAGGCAGUAGAUGACCAGCAGUGUGUGUUUGUUUCUCACUGUGCUCUUUAUGCAUUCUACGUUGCAGGAGUUGGAAUUUGAAUUGUGUCAAUAUCAUACCACCUAUGGGACUCCAUAGUUUUUACUGUUGCAGUGCAUUUUUUACAUGGGGGUAAAUAGUUUGUGACUAAAUGGUGGUAUGUGUGUCUCACAUUUAAAACAUUCCUUUGUUUUAUUAGAUGAUUAGCAGAAAUAAUUCACAGUUUAUGUGUGAAAAGGGGGGGGGGGGAGAAGGGGGGCCCUUUGUGACAAAAUGGUUAAGACACCAACAAAACUGGUGCUUAGCUUUUCCAAAGUUGAUAAAGCCUAAAAGGACACCCCCCCCCCUGUGACUAAAUGGUGGUAUGUGUGUCUCACAUUUAAAACAUUCCUUUGUUUUAUUAGAUGAUUAGCAGAAAUAAUUCACAGUUUAUGUGUGAAAAGGGGGGGGGGGGAGAAGGGGUGCACUUUGUGACAAAAUGGUUAAGACACCAACAAAACUGGUGCUUAGCUUUUCCAUAGUUGAUAAAGCCUAAAAGGACACCCCCCCCCCUCAGGUCCACCACACACACACACACACACACACUAAGGUCAUAGCUAAGGUCACUACCCCUAUGCAGACUGAUGUUGAACUUUAACAUCUCUCUGGGUCAACCUUUCUGCAUACCACAGUUUUCCUCAUCUUAAUGAUACCUCUAAUAGAGGCAUGUGAUCUUGUGGACCAGGGCAGUGUUGCCUAACAUUUAGGGGUAAUGACCCUAUGUGGAGCCAUGGAGCUUAAACUGCCUUGUUUUAUUUACACUGUGAUAUUGGGGGGGGGGGGGGUUGCAGGUAUUCCAUAUUAAAGUAAUUCUUCAGGGGUAUCUCAUACUUUCAUGCUGGGCAUUGGUUCCAUAUUCUCUGACAUUAUUUUAAUAUCUACCUGUUUAAACUGCCUUUUUUUAUUUACACUGUGAUAUUGGGGGGGGGGGGGUUGCAGGUAUUCCAUAUUAAAGUAAUUCUUCAGUGGUAUCUCAUACUUUCAUGCUGGGCAUUGGUUCCAUAUUCUCUGACAUUAUUUUAAUAUCUACCUGGACCAGUGCUGGGCAUUGGCUCCAUAUUCUCUGACAUUAUUUUAAUAUCUACCUGGACCAGUGCUGGGCAUUGGCUUCAUAUGCUCUUCCAUUAUUUUAAUAACUAUCAGAGUGUUUAUAGUUUUUCAUUCUACUCCUCCACAUGGCGUCUUUCUUUUAAUGCUUCUUGGCAGUCGGCCGUUAGGUGUAGGAUAUGACUGGGUGACUUUUUUAAGCUCAGCUGUUUUCACUUUAAGGGAUCCUGAUUGUGUUAACCCCAUGUGGAUCAAUCCUAUAAUCAUGUGAACCCCAUGUAUAUCAAUCCUAUAAUCAUGUGAACCCAUGUAUUUCAAUCUUAUAAUCAUGUGAACCCUGUGUAUUUCAAUCUUAUAAUCAUGAAAAGAAUGGAUGCUGCAUCAAUGCCACUUUCAAAUGUGGAUAGAAUCACAACUCAUGUUGUGUCAGGAAAAUGCAAACUACUACAGUAAUAGAUCUAAAGGUCAUUUGCCACCUCUGUGUUGCCCCCUGCCCAUACAACCCCUUAAAAACUAAUAUCACAACCUGUGCCAUUCAAUAACAGGCACCCAGUGUUGUGGUUCUCAUGUUUUCUACUGUAUAAGGACUACAUGGCAUAGGUAAAUUUACUAUAAACAAAAAUGAUGACUAAUUCCCAAUGAAGACUUGUAAAAACUGCUGAACGGUUCAUGUAUAGGGGACCCCUGGUUGGGGAUCCCAUGCUGCAUUGAAUGACUUAAAAGGCUCACUCACAGGUUGGGAACCCCUGCUAUUGAGUAAUUAUGCAUCAGAAUAGGUCAAGGUUCAGUAAAGACCUUGGCAUUAUUGGCUGGUUUGACUCUGUCAUUCUCACCAUGUACAUUUGUCUGGGUCUUUCUCUGGAGUAACAUUAUAUAAUAUACUAGUUCUUUGGAUGUUCCUGAUAGACCAGUUCUUUGAAUAUUCCUCAUUGACCAGUACUUUGGAUCUUGCAGCUUGACCAGUUCUUUGAAAGUUCCCAAUAGACCAGUUCUUUGAAUGUUCCUGAUUGACCAGGUCUUUGGAUGUUCCUGAUUGACCAGUUCUUUGGAUGUUCCUGAUUGACCAGUUCUUUGAAUGUUCCUGAUUGACCAGUUCUUUGAAUGUUCCUAAUUGACCAGUUCUUUGGAUAUUGCAAUCACCAUGGAGAUUGUUAAAAACAACCACCAAAGGUGUCUGUGAUUAUUGCUCACUGUAUUUAAAUGGUUUCCUUACAUUUGGAUCAGGUGGUUAUAUUUUAGUGUACAGCAAGCGUACAGCAGAAGAUUGAUUAUUAUCAUGUCUCAUGUUGACUAUGGAUGGUCUGGAGUUUAAAAAAAUCAGGAUAAUAAUAAAUGACAUGCUAAAUGUAAUAAAAUAAAACUAUAAAUUAUAUAAAUAGCAGCUGUAGUUAAUUUAAAUGCUCUUUUCAAGAACAUUAGUAUUUUGCAUUGUGGUUUUUUGCUUUGUGCUUGCGUUUGACCUGACUCAAAAUCCAGUGGUCAUGAGAUUUCUUUCCCAAGGUGCAUUGAACAUUGCUGGAUCUCCAAUUGUCAUUGUUAACACUCAACAUGUUUGCCUGCUCCACAGGUUUUUGAUGAGCCAUCCCAAGUCUUUCUCCAAUGUAUCUGAUGAGGAGAGUGUAGUGACAAGAGAAGACAGUGAAGAUGGUAUGUUUACUUUAGAGGGAGGCCCAUAUUUGUAAAACUGUUUAAAUAGUUGACCUAGAAGAUGGUAUGUUUACUUUAAAGCAAUGUAAAACUGUUGAAAUAGUUGACCUAGAAGAUGGUAUGUUUACUAUAGAGCAAGGCCCAUAUCUGUAAAACUGUUGAAAUAGUUGACCUAGAAGAUGGUAUGUUUACUAUAGAGCAAGGCCCAUAUCUGUAAAACUGUUGAAAUAGUUGACCUAGAAGAUGGUAUGUUUACUAUAGAGCAAGGCCCAUAUCUGUAAAACUGUUGAAAUAGUUGACCUAGAAGAUGGUAUGUUUACUAUAGAGCAAGGCCCAUAUCUGUAAAACUGUUGAAAUAGUUGACCUAGAAGAUGGUAUGUUUACUAUAGAGCAAGGCCCAUAUCUGUAAAACUGUUGAAAUAGUUGACCUAGAAUAUGGUAUGUUUACUAUAGAGCAAGGCCCAUAUCUGUAAAACUGUUGAAAUAGUUGACCUAGAAGAUGGUAUGUUUACUUUAAAGCAAUGUAAAACUGUUGAAAUAGUUGACCUAGAAGAUGGUAUGUUUACUAUAGAGCAAGGCCCAUAUCUGUAAAACUGUUGAAAUAGUUGACCUAGAAGAUGGUAUGUUUACUAUAGAGCAAGGCCCAUAUCUGUAAAACUGUUGAAAUAGUUGACCUAGAAGAUGGUAUGUUUGCUAUAGAGCAGGGGUCUCCAAACUACAGCCCGCGAUGCGGCCUGCGUGGCCCUCUCAUGCGGCCAGCGGAGACCUUUUUGUCUACAAAAAAAAAUUAUGGAAAUUUACGUGUAUCCUGCCAUGAUCAGACGUCACUUACCUGGAUGUUAUUUUUUUACAGAAUUAAAAUAGAGGUGCGCAGUCUUGCGUUAUGUUUUCUAACCGAUCAUUACUUGGCAAAACCAUAUUCGCUGCUUAGUUUUUCUACUUCCGUUCACAGUCAAUGAGAUGAUAUAAUGUGAUCUAGUGGCGGAGCAUUGCCCGCCGUGUUGCAGACAUGGGUGAAAACAUUGUGACUCAAAUAGCGAAAAAUGCAAGAAAGUUUCGCCAAUUUUUAAUUGCAAUGGAGGAAUCGCUGGACAGCUGUUCCAUCUCUCAACUGCUUGUGUUCAUUAGAGGUGUGGAUGAAGACAUGAACAUAACACAAGAGCUGGCUUCCCUACAUAGCAUGUAUGGCACAGUUACCGGAGAGGAUAUAUUCAAUGAGUUGAAAAAAACAUUUUCUGAUUAUAACUUGGACUGGACUAACCUCAGUUGCCUGACUGUUGAUGGAGGAAAGAACAUGAGUGGCUUAAAGAAAGGCUUGGUUGGACCAGUGAUGCAGAUGUGUAAUGAGAAAAAAUUCUGCAACCAAUGUUUCUUCACUGUAUUAUUCACUAAAAAGCUUUGUAUGCUAAAUAUAUGAACAUUAGCAGCAUACUGAAUCCUGUGGUAAAGAGAGUUAAUUUAAUAAGGUCACAUUGGCUCAACCAUAGACAUUUCAGAGACCUGUUGAAAGAUACAGACACAGAAUUGCAAGUUUUACCAUAUUACACAGCAAUAAGAUGGCUAAGUUGUGAGAAAGUUCUAAGCAGAGUAUUUAAGUUAAGAAAGGAAAUAGGUGACUUCCUGGAAAGUAAAGGCAAGCCACAGGCAUUAGUGUCUGAUGAAGAGUAAGUAUGGAAAUUUGUCUUUGCUGCAGACAUAACUAGUCAUUGAAAUUUUCUGAACCUAAAACUACAAGGAGAGGAAAAUCUAGUUUGUGAUCUAUGCACCCACCAAAAGGCCUUCAGAUCCAAAUUUGUCUUGUUUUUUGGAUCAAGUGCAGGCCAACAACUUGAAGCACUUUCAGCAGUGCAAGGUCUUCAUGGCUGAAGCAACAGUGGAGUUCCCCACGUAAUUUUUAUGCGAGAUCAUCAAAGACCCCCAGCUGCAGUGUCAGCAGCCAGCGGUUUUCUAAAUUGGAUUUAAAGGCAGAAGAAGUGAGACUUUUCAAAACCCAUUUGAAGCAGAUGUCGCCACUCGCCCAGAUGAACUGCACCUGAAGGUCAUUGAGUUGCAAGCAAAUGACCUCCUUAAGGACAAGUUAUAAGAAGGACCGGUGGGUUUUUAACUAGUUUUUGUCCAAGGAAGACUUCCCUAAGCUCAUAACACUUGCAUCAAUGUACCUUUUUUAUCUGUGGAACAACAUACCUGUGGGAACAAACAUUUUCAAGAAUGAAAUACGUGAAGAACAAUUUGAGAACAAAUUUGUCCGAUGAUAAUCUCAGGUCACUGAUGAUGUUAGGGACAUCAAAUCUAAAUCCAUAAAUUUCUGCUAAUCACUGCUAUUUUGGCAUCCAGGAAACAAUCUCACCAUUCCCACUAAUACAGGUGUUCAUGUGUCGUGUAUCAAUGUAUUAUUAAAUAAUAACUGAAUGAAAUAAUAAUACAUAAAUAAUUAAAAACAACAUCCUUUGUUUUGACUCUUUUUUUUGGACCUCAAGUGUGUAGUCGGACCCCGAACUGCUUUAUGAUAGUUAAUGCGGCCCUCGGGCUGAAAAGUUUGGAGACCCCUGCUAUAGAGCAAGGCCCAUGUUUGUAAUACUUUUAAAGUAGGGAAAAUGGCAAAAGGAAAAAAACAACAAAAUUAAAUGUGUUUGUAUCGUAACAUCUCUAUGUAAAUAUCUUCUUUUAGAUCUCAUGUAUCACUGCAACACUUCUCUGUAAAUAUCUUCUUUUAGAUCUCAUGUAUCACUGCAACACUUCUCUGUAAAUAUCUUCUUUUAGAUCUCAUGUAUCACUGCAACACUUCUCUGUAAAUAUCUUCUUUUAGAUCUCAUGUAUCACUGCAACACUUCUCUGUAAAUAUCUUCUUUUAGAUCUCAUGUAUCACUGCAACACUUCUCUGUAAAUAUCUUCUUUUAGAUCUCAUGUAUCACUGCAACACUUCUCUGUAAAUAUCUUCUUUUAGAUCUCAUGUAUCACUGCAACAUCUCUGUAAAUGUCUUCCCUUAGAUCUCAUGUAUCACUGCAACACUUCUCUGUAAAUAUCUUCUUUUAGAUCUCAUGUAUCACUGCAACAAAUGUCUUAAUCUAUUUUCUGGGUGUAAUAUUUUUUUUGAUGUCAUUUCCAGAAGCUAUCAAUGAUGAAGAAGAGAUGCCACUGGAGAUCCCUGUUGUAAAACCCCCAAGCUGUGGCAGCUCUACUCAGGUAAGUUGAAAACAAAAUCUGUAGUCACAAAAAGUAGACACCUUAAACUGUAUUCAGGUAAGUAUUCAGGUAAGUUGAAAAUCAAAGCUGUAGUCACAAUAGACACCUUAAACUGUAUUCAGGUAAGUGGGAAACCAAAACUGUACUCAAGUAAGUUAACACUUAAAGCGUGGCUUGUUUUGUUAAAAUUUAUUAGCCCUUAACUUUUUUAAUAUUUAUUUUUAUAAAAUGCUAGUCCAUGGCUUUUUUCCAUUUUUGAUAUGUUGAUUAAUAAUUUACACAUAAAAAUGAUAUAUCCAAUGAAUGUGAAUGCCCAAUGAAUAUAAAAGCCAAAUGAAUGUAAAUUCCAAAUGAAUAUAAAUGCCAAAUGAAUAUAAAUGCCCUCGUUUACUUUUAGGUUCAUGUUUCGGAAAUAGGCCACGGUGAGGAGAUGCUGAGUCCCCCAACCUUUGGAGACGAGGCCAUGCCCCCUCGAGACUGUGGCGACAACAUCCACCUGUUGACGGAAGAGGCCCUCAAAAAGCACACUCGCCUCCAGGAGAGACUGUACCUCCAAACGAUCUCAGAGGAGCAGCCGCCUCUGUUGAACAUGCGACGGCUAAAGGUAGAAAAUACUUACCGCUUGCUCAACCAAACGGUGCAAGAAUGUUCAAAACACGUAAAGGUAACUUAUCCCACCCAAGCACAGUCCUUUUGUUGGCAAACUGUUCUUAUUGUAGUUUUAAAACCUAGUUUUGAAUGCUUUCCAAAGGAGAGAAGUUUUAAUGCAGGCAUUUGCUACAACAUCUGCUUUGCAAAAUAUUCUUUCUUUGCUGCAUUUUUCAAAUGAUUUCAACGGUUUGCAACUUUUCUCCGCUCUGUGUUUUUAUUUACAGCUCAUUCCAUUUCUUGCUGCUUCUCUCACUCUCCACAAGUUCAUUGGUUUUUCUCUGUCGAUGCCCCGUUGAUUCCAUGACAGGGACUGUCUAAGAAUAGUUUAAUUUGAUUUCUUCAGAAUAUGGCCAGUCCAUCUCAUUUCCUAAUUUCCUUAUAUGUGUUUCCUGAUCUUUGCCAAGUGAUAUCAUUUGUGAUCUUUUCAAAUAAUUUUGUUGUUAGGAUUUCUCACUCAAAUUUCUGUUGAAAAUAACCUGUAAUCUAUUGGUGCAGAGUCUGGUUGACCUCAAUGCUCCAUCAACAGAGAAGAACAAACUUGACCAGUUUAUAACAUUAGUAAUUGUAUUGAAAUUUUUGAAGUCCGUUUUUUAUUCUGAAUUUAGAAAAGUUGGUUUCCCUUCAACAGAUUCAGAAUCAAAUCAUCUCAUUAAAAGAAUGGCAUUAUGCAGCAUAGUUUGAUUACUAAUUUAUUGACAUUUGUAGUUGGUUGAUAAAAUACUUUCAACUUGUUUGAGACAGGGUUGGAUUCCAGGUCCAUGUGCAUUUUUCCCCCCUACUCCUCCUACCCCACAUACUUAUUAUCCCUCACACAACUUACCCCAUACCUCUUACCACCCGACCUCAAAGCUUGUCAAUUCAAACACUUUUUCUUGCCUCACCAACUCUUGUCACAAUAAUGCCGCACGUAAUAUUCUAAUCUGUUGAACUGCUCAUUUUUCUACAGAGUUCCAAGAAUACCUCACUUCAGAAACGUCCCAGACCGAGGGAAGUUGGAGAGGAGGUGGAAGUGGCCAAGCACCCUUGCACCAACAGUGGAGUGUUCAGGUCAAGGUCAGUAUGCAAUAAAUUGGCUUAAACUUCUCUUAGCAAAAUUUUGAUGGUAGAAAUUGAAUAUGCCAGUAUGUCGUGUUGCUAGAUCAACUUCUUAUGCCUGUAUGUCAUGUUGCUGGAUCAACUUCUUAUGUCAGUAUGUCAUGUUGCUGGAUCAACUUCUUAUGCCAGCAUGUCACAUUUCUGGAUCAACUUCUUAUGAAACGUGGUGCCAUUGCUCACUUUGUUUCAAGGUCUACUCUGUCAGAGAAAAUGGCUUAACAUUCAAUCAAGACAAGCCUUCUUCUCUUGUGUGUCAGUGGAAACUGGUUUCAAACAUGUGCUUAACUGGCAUGGUGGUAGGCAAAUAGAACGCAGCUUUGACAUCCAGCCGGCAUGGUGGUAGGCACAUAGAACGCAGCUUUGACAUCCAGCCGGCAUGGUGGUAGGCACAUAGAACACAGCUUUGACAUCCAGCCGGCAUGGUGAUGGGCACAUAGAACACAGCUUUGACAUCCAGCCGGCAUGGUGGUAGGCACAUAGAACACAGCUUUGACAUCCAGCCGGCAUGGUGGUAUAUCCUUAAAUGUUUCAUAAUCUGAGUUAUUAAUAUAUUACGCCAAUAGUCUUGAAAUAGCUUAAAAACCAAUAUAUUUGAACAUGACAUUGAACCACAUAAGGAUUUGAAUUUAAAACAAAAAUUCUGGAAUAUGAUGUUUGCAUAGCAACCAUAGUAACAUCUUGUAACAUAGCAAUAAUAGGCAAUAACUUGGCUCUAUUAAAGUAAUUUACAGUAUACUGUGAGGCAGUUGUGUCACUUGCAUUUGAUUCAUAUUUCUGACUGAAAAUUUACAUGUCAAUUUCUGUUUUGCUACAUCAAAUUAUUUGGACAAUAGCUAGGGGAAAACCAGUGUACUGACAAUUAUAAGAGAAUAGUGCUUAUCUUAGAAGAGUGCGAUUAAAUUAUUUGGACAAUAGCUAGGGGAAAACCAGUGUACUGACAAUUAUAAGAGAAUAGUGCUUAUCUUAGAGGACUGCAAUCAAAUUAUUUGGACAAUAGCUAGGGGAAAACCAGUGUACUGACAAUUAUAAGAGAAUAGUGCUUAUCUUAGAAGAGUGCGAUUAAAUUAUUUGGACAAUAGCUAGGGGAAAACCAGUGUACUGACAAUUAUAAGAGAAUAGUGCUUAGUGAAUAGAGGGCUGCGAGGCAUUACUUAAUGAGAAUACUGUUAAUCUUCUUCUUCUUAUCCUUUUUCUUUUAUAUUUUGAGGGCCCACGAUCAAUGUAUUGAUCAUUAUGGCUCCUGUGUUUCAGAGGGGUUCACGAUGUUACUGUGCAAGGUUUUGAUGGGGAUACUUCACUGGUUGCCAGGGCUACUCAGCGAUGGUAUUAUAAACUGGGGUUGGAAGACAGGAGGCAAUAGACGCAAAUUUGUCAAGUGUAGUCGCCUCAGCUGUUGCUUUUGGAAGCUUGUUCCAGUCCCUUAUUGUCUUUGGCAAGAAUGAGGAGCUCCUGUACUGAGUUCUUGUUUUUAUGAUCCGGAACUGCCUGUCAUGGCCUUAUCGCUGUCAGUGGGGUGGGGGGGGGGGCGUUUCUGUUUAAUGCUGGCGCAGUGGACCAGCCUGUGAGGCAUUACAGUAUUACCCCGAAUAUCGAGAUAGAUACGUUUCGUCUGUACUGAGUUCUUGUUUUUAUGAUCCGGAACUGCCUGUCAUGGCCUUAUCGCUGUCAGUGGGGUGGGGGGGGGGGAGUUUCUGUUUAAUGCUGGAGCAGUGGACCAGCCUGUGAGGCAUUACAGUAUUACCCCGAAUAUCGAGAUAGAUACGUUUCGAGCCUCUAAUCUCUAUGUGCUUUUUAAUCUCUUACAUGCUUUUUAAUCUCUUACAUGCAGUUUACCUAUCUCUUUCAGCUCCAACAUCUUCAUGCAGAGUUUCCCCGCCGUGAGCUCUUGUGAGCUGACCUCAGUGACCCCCACAUCUCAGCCUUUGUAUCGCCAAUCAGAAAUGGUGGCCCCCUACGACAGCAGGUUCUUGGGUCAGAGCCCACAGAUUGGAUUUCAGCCGUUCCAGUCAGGCUAUCAGACUGGUCAGUUGUUACAUCUUUACUGUCUUUUGAACUUCUUUUUUCUCUUUAAAAGCUGCAUUUUUUCCUUCAAAGAAAAUGCACACAAAUGGACAGCAUGUAAAGUUGCAUUCAAUAAUUAUAGCCAUUGAACAGAUUUAAACAAGUAAAAUUAUACAUUCGUCAUAUGUUUAUUUAUGUCUUCCCAAGGAUUUAUGCACAAUAUUUAAAAACAUUGAAGUGUUCAGAGAAAUACCACAAAUGAAGCUUUUACUUAAAACAAUCAAAACAAGAGGAUCGGAGUUUUAAAGUUUAUUUUGAUUUCUGUGAAGAUCAUUCUUUGGUUCAUUUUUCAUCUGAAGUGUAUCAAAAUCUCUUGGUCACAAUCACAUUUAUUUUAAAAAUUAAUAUAUCGCAAAAUUAUCCACUAUAAAAAAAUUAAUUCAUUUCCAUCAAUCUUAGACCAAUGAUAAUACAUUUGAGACAUAUGUUUUUAUUAUCUUGCUUUAAAAAUAGUUGUAUUUGUUCUCUUAAAUAGUUAAUGUGUGAUGGUUUUGGAUAUCUUUUUUUUUUUUUGUAUGUGUAUAGUACUUUUAGUUGAGAAGAGCCUGUGUUGUAUAAGUUGAGAUUGUUUCAGUGGUUGGUUCUUUGUUUUGCUUCAUUUCAAUUAAUUUAUGCCCGUUGGGCUGCUUGUUUUGAGUUCACCAUCUAUAGUUUAAGUAGAAGCUUUUUAAUUUUUUACUCCAAUUAUGUUGUACCGUUCUUUAUUUAAGUGUUACUUCUUAAUCAUUAGGUUAAACUUCACCUGUCAAAAAUACUAAUCUUCACUGGGUUGCCAUAUUUUCGCGGUGGUCGCCAAGAGCGCAGCCUGGCAGUCAUUGAAGAAAAAAAUAGAUUUUGACAAAAUGAGAAAGAAGCAGUUUAGAAUAAACUAUUUUUUUUAUAAAUAACCAUCCUCUACCUGAUAAGUUAUUGUUUCUACAAUCCACACCUGAGUGAACAUGUUUGAGAGGAAUGCCUUAUUCAUUGAAAACUUAAUGCCAUACCAUACCCCCCCCCCCCGGGCCUACUUUUCUUGCACAUUACUUUACCUUCAUGUUACUAUUAUUUCUCUGGUGCUUGGCAUGAAGAAAUCUGUUUGUUUUCAUUCUCAUCCCUUUUUUCUACAAUCCACACCUGAUUGAACAUGUUUAAGAGGAAUGCCUUAUUCAUUUAAAACUUAAUGCCCUACCAUACCCCCCCCCCCCGGGCCUACUUUUCUUGCACAUUACUUUACCUUCAUGUUACUAUUAUUUCUCUGGUGCUUGGCAUGAAGAAAUCUGUUUGUUUUCAUUCUCAUCCCUUCUGAUUACCUUCUAGCUUUUACCGUUUUACUGCAUUCAUAUACACACAAAAACUUUUUGGUUAAAAUGCCCUGGACUCGGUUUGAUAAAAAAAUAUAUGCUUUUUUUCUGUACACAGGGCCAGACUUAGUCUUUUUAUGAGGUCCUAAGCAAAACAAAGUCCAGAGGCCCCUUACGGUUUUAAAUUACAUCAGCUGGUCAAAGAAAAAUUUAAAAUAUACAGCCUUUUAAACAUGUAGAAAUAAAUGUUUUAAUUUUUAUUUAAAAAAUAAUAAAUAAUUUGUCUACAACGUCUCAGAAAUACUUCUAUUCUAUAAUCCUCUAAAAGGCUCUAAUUUACAACUUGAAACAUUUUUUUACUUGAUUUCCCAAAGGUGUGCUAUGUAACUCGGCACACGAUCCUAAGUGCAGACAAUUUUUCUUGAGUCAUAGUUGCUCUCAGAUCAUUUUGUAUUCUCUGUACCUCUGAAAAUGAUCUUUCUCCUGAGCAAUGUGUUACCAUUAAACACAGGUGUGGAGUAUGGGAGUUCACUAAUAAAUGUUUGCACCCGAUAAUGUGUUUUUAUUGUGUGGGGUGUGUUUUGAGAGAGUUAGUUGGUAGUUAAUGAAUGCCCUUGCUGCCAUUUACUUGGUGAGGUAUAUUUGUAUGAUUAUGGUAAUCACGAUGUACUUGUCUAGACCAGGGGUCACCAAACUAUGGCCCGCCGACGGUACUUGAACACACUUGCUUGAUAAAAUGUAUGGAACACGAGACUUUGUGAUACAAUUUAAAUUUCAAUAUUAUGUUGAUAAUACUAGGAGGUCUCUACUGGCUUCUUUGCGUCUUAAAUGUACCAUUUUCUAUUUUAAAUUAUGGCAUCUAGAUUUUCUUGUUUAUCACAGACCUGUUAACCCUCGAGGUCCUAAAAUCGUACAACAGGUGUCUUAAUAGUAAAUAAAUAAAUAUACAGCAUUUAAAAUGAAUAAUAUAACUACUCGCACUGUGAAAAAAGUGUGGUGACCCCUGGUCUAGACUGUCUUGUAAGGGAUGGUUGUGUAUAUUCACCUCCUUAUAGUGAGCUGCGCUAUACAUGCCUUUGAUUAAAUGCACAGCCUGCUAGAUAUAUUUAUGGAUUAAAUUUACAUUACUAAUGGAAAAGGACUUGUGUUCAUGUAGGUGUUAAUACAGCAUAUGAAGCUGUAAAGAAUCUAAUGAAUGAAACCAAUCAAAUAACAGGAGUAUUUGUAAUAUUGAUUGCACUUUGAGAAAGCUAACUCAUCUUGUCUAGAAAGAUGAUUUGAUACAAAUCUUUUUUUUGCAAGUUUUCUUUUUAAGGAUGAUUGGAAUUGCCUGAGUUCACUCAUGAGAUUAAUAUCAAAGUGGGGAUGCACUUUUUUUAGGGUAUCUACUGCUUGCUUUAACUGUACUGCAGAAACUUCUAAAUCAGUUACAAAAUGAAAAUUUAUUUGCAACAUAAUUGUAGACUGUUGCUCUUCUCUUUAAAUUUGCCUCAAAGAUGUAAAUGAUAUAAAUGAAGAAAUUCACGGGAAAUUGUCUCUUGGAGAAAGGUGUUAAUCUGCAUCAGCUGCAGCUCCAUCCUUUGCUUGUUUUCUUCUCACCCUUUUUCUUUUCUAUGUAGACUCAUAUUCUACAUCAGGCAAUCUAGAUUUAAAUUCUUCUUCAAUAUCUUAUGUUCUACACCAAACAAUCUUUAGAUUUAACUUUUUCUUCAAAUUCAUCAACAUUUUCUUGAAUAUAUUUAACAUAGAGUUAACAUAGAGUUAAAGUGAUUUGUACAAAUAUGCACAUGUAGAAAAAAUGCAAUCUUUGGAUCCUGGAAAGACUGAUUUAGUGAAACUAAAUGUAACAUAAAAACAAACUCCAUCUGUUACUCCAUUUUUCUCCAGAAGAGUACCAGCUUCUAAUCCUGUAGCUACCUUUUCAGUCUCAUAAAUGUGACUUUCAGGCUUACAAAUGGCCCCUAUUGCUAAAAUUUACGUAAGGCAGGCUUGCUUCUAGCCAAUGUAAUGAUAGAAGUUUAACUUGCUUCAAUUUUUAUUUUAAGAUUCAUUGCGGCAAAAAUAAGUUUUAAAAAAUAUAAAAAAAGAAAAAAUAGGAAAAGAUACUUAAUAGGAUUUUUUUGAGGCCCCUGCAGAUUGUUAGGUCCUAAGCUAUAGCUUAUUUAGCUUAUUCAUCAAUCUGGCACUGUCUUUACCCCACUAUCUGGUGUUGACCCAGUUACUGUUGCCUUUCCCGUUUUUGUUUCAUUACCACCCUGGUUCACACACACCAUCAGCCACCAAAAUAAUCAGGCAAUCCUGUUUAUACCCCUGGCAGGUUCACAGGGCAGCCUGGCAAUACCACCUCAACCAACUAUUCAUCUUGUACCUGGCGACUCAGCCCCUCUGUCAUACAUCCCCACCGGCCUGGGUCAAAUGAUCCAAAAUAUGGGUCACUAUGACAUUCGAGCCAGCCUCACCGGUGGGAAUAUACAGUGGCCAAACUACCCACAGACCGGUAAAUGCUGCAUACUUCUUUCAAAAACCAUUUCAUUGGGGUCUGUCCUUCAAGAUUUUUAAACUGUUGCACAUAAGCAUCAAGUUUUUAAACUGUCGCACUAAGUCAAUCAAGUUUUUAAACUGGGUAAAAAGAGUAAAGCUGUAUAUCCUAGAGAUGGGAUUUUGAAACUAUAACCAUUUAUUCUAUAGUUUGGACAGAACACCAAUGCGAAUGGCUUUAUUUUUGUGAUACAGUCUGUUUUGCGGCUCUUUCUAUAUCUCUUAACACAUAAUGUACAUGGAAUUUUUCUAAACAUGUUCUUUACAUUCUAGUUUUGCAUUUAUAAUAUGAAGAUCAUUACCAAUUUUGACUUGAGACGGACGCAAAUUUGAAAAAUAUUUGGAAACAUAAGGAUCGGAAUGUACAGCUGUCUAUACCAUCAUCACACACACACACACACACACACACACACACAUACAAAAACUGGUUGAAAAAAAAAACAACCCAAAAGACAGCUAAAAUUCACAACACAUCAAUUUGCUUUAGUUGGCACAGAUAAAAAUAUUUUCCAUCUGUAAAAUUUGAGAGAAAUAGUAAACAAUUGUUGUUUGUAGCAGAAUGUUGUGCUAUUUACAUGCUUUAGUCUGUCUCUUUCUCUCUUUGGUCACAUCCUAUUGUAAGCUCAUGUUCUCAUUUUUUUUCUCUCAGAAUACAAUUUCGACUUCAGGGCAUGUCCAAGAUUUUAGGGGGUGUCCAAGAUUUUAGGGGUUGUCCAGUAUUAUUGGAUUAGAUUAUUGCUGUUUCCGAUAAUAUUUUUUUUAAAAUGUAAAAAAAAUCAUUUGAGUUUGUACACUAUAAAUAUAAAAAAAAAGCUGUAUUAAUUUAUUUGGCAUCCAGAAAUCAAUGAAGCUUCUCAAAAGAUUGAAAAGCUUUUUACUUACUUAUGUCUUUUACCCUGUCUGGGUCAUAGGCAGUCUACAAGAACUUUCCAUUCAUCUCAGUCAUGUGCUUUCCUUUACAGUUGCUUCUAUGUGUAUCCCAUAAUUUGUGUGUCUGCCUCAAGCUCGCGUCUCUAUGUAUUCUUAGGCCUCUUUUUCCCUGUGGAUUCCAUGUUAGGGAUUGUCCGGUGAUAUUAUCUGGGGGUUUACGAAGACUGUGCUCUAUCCACCGCCAUCUUUUCCUUUUGAUAUCUUCAGCGAUAGGCUCCUGGCAUGGCCUUUACAGUAAGUCUUUGGUGACAGUGUUCAGGUUCUUUCUAAGGCAAGUCUUAAUGAAGGUCUGUACUUUCUGCAUGAUGCUCGCUGUUGUUAUUCAAGUUUCAGCUCCAUGGGAAAGAAUGUUUUGACAUUUGUGUUGAAGAUUCUGACUUUUGUUUGCAGAGUCAGCUCUUUGGACUCCCACAUUUUUUUAAAUAGCCCAAAUGCUGACCUCCCCUUUCCAAAUCUUGCCCUGACAUCAGCUUUGUAUCCACCAUUUAUAUCAAUGGUGCUGCCUAAGUAUGGGAAGGUUUUCACUUCUUCCAGUGCAUUUCCUGCCAGAGAGAUAUGCUCUUGGUUGGCUGAGUUUACCUUCAUGAUCUUUGUAUUCCUUGUAUUUAUUUUGAGCUCAAGCUGUGCUUAAAUGGUGUCUACACCUUUUGCCUUUUCCUGCCUUUGUUGCUGGUUGUGGGAAAUAAGUGUAGUGCAAUAUCGCAGGCAAAGUCUAGGCUGUUUUGGGUGAAGAAUAUUUACCCUUGUGUUUACAUGUCACAGGAUUCAGGAAUUGAGCACAUUUGAAAAGAUUGAAAGUCUACAUUUAUUUAACUCUUAUUUUGAUGCAAUUAACUGACACCAAAGACUGGGGAUGUAGAUAGUAAAAGCUGAACCUUCAUUUUUUAUUGUCCACUUUUAUUUAGGCUACACCCUGAUGCCUCAGGUGAUGGCAGGACACUAUCGACCCCUCCACCAGCCUGUGCAGGUGCAGGCCUUACCCACACAUCAGGGGGCAUUUAUAAAAGGAAAGAAUGUUGGGAUCAUGAUGUCGAAGGGACCUAUCGCCCAUAAUGAUGGACAUCUUGGCAAGGUAAAUAAUUUUUUUGUCUUGAUUCCAUUACUGUAAUCUAAAGUUGACUCCCUGCAGAAGUUGAUAAGCCAGUAUCAAAGAUACCAGUUUGAUAUUUUUUUGUUAUGAUUGGAUUUUGGGGAAUACAUUUUAAGAUGGCCUCGGUGAAUACUGUGUUUAGAAAUGCAUUUGUGGCAGUCUUCAUCAUUUAAUGAUAUAUACAGACCCAUUAACUGCAACAGGCACAGUACCAUAGUGAUGUAUAAGCUAUUUAAGUUCACCAGGCACAGUACCAUAGUGACGAAUAAGCUAUUUAAGUUCACCAGGCACAGUACCAUAGUGACGAAUAAGCUAUUUAAGUUCACCAGGCACAGUGCCAUAGUGAUGUAUAAGCUAUUUAAGUUCACCAGGCACUGUACCAUAGUGAUGUAUAAGCUAUUUAAGUUCACCAGGCACAGUACCACAGUGAUGAAUAAGCUAUUUAAGUUCACCAGGCACAGUACCAUAGUGAUGUAUAAGCUAUUUAAGUUCACCAGGCACAGUACCAUAGUGACGAAUAAGCUAUUUAAGUUCACCAGGCACAGUGCCAUAGUGAUGUAUAAGCUAUUUAAGUUCACCAGGCACAGUACCAUAGUGAUGAAUAAGCUAUUUAAGUUCACCGGGCACAGUACCAUAGUGAUGAAUAAGCUAUUUAAGUUCACCGGGCACAGUACCAUAGUGAUGAAUAAGCUAUUUAAGUUCACCAGGCACAGUACCAUAGUGAUGAAUAAGCUAUUUAAGUUCACCAGGCACAGUACCAUAGUGAUGAAUAAGCUAUUUAAGUUCACCAGACACAGUACCAUAGUGAUGUAUAAGCUAUUUAAGUUCACCAGGCACAGCACAAUAGUGAUGAAUAAGCUAUUUAAGUUCACCGGGCACAGUACCAUAGUGAUGUAUAAGCUAUUUAAGUUCACCAGGCACUGUACCAUAGUGAUGUAUAAGCUAUUUAAGUUCACCAGGCACAGUACCACAGUGAUGAAUAAGCUAUUUAAGUUCACCAGGCACAGUACCAUAGUGAUGAAUAAGCUAUUUAAGUUCACCAGGCACAGUACCAUAGUGAUGAAUAAGCUAUUUAAGUUCACCAGGCACAGUACCAUAGUGAUGAAUAAGCUAUUUAAGUUCACCAGGCACAGUACCAUAGUGAUGUAUAAGCUAUUUAAGUUCACCAGGCACAGUACCAUAGUGAUGAAUAAGCUAUUUAAGUUCACCAGGCACAGUACCAUAGUGAUGAAUAAGCUAUUUAAGUUCACCAGGCACAGUACCAUAGUGAUGAAUAAGCUAUUUAAGUUCACCAGGCACAGUACCAUAGUGAUGUAUAAGCUAUUUAAGUUCACCAGGCACAGUACCAUAGUGAUGAAUAAGCUAUUUAAGUUCACCAGGCACAGUACCAUAGUGAUGAAUAAGCUAUUGAAGUUCACCAGGCACAGUACCAUAGUGAUGAAUAAGCUAUUUAAAUUCACCAGGCACAGUACCAUAGUGAUGAUUAAGCUAUUUAAGUUCACCAGGCACAGUACCAUAGUGAUGUAUACGCUAUUUAAGUUCACCAGGCACAGUACCAUAGUGAUGAAUAAGCUAUUUAAGUUCACCAGGCACAGUACCAUAGUGAUGUAUAAGCUAUUAAGUUCACCAGGCACAUUACUAUAGUGAUGAAUAAGCUAUUUAAGUUCACCAGGCACAGUACCAUAGUGAUGAAUAAGCUAUUUAAGUUCACCAGGCACAGUACCAUAGUGAUGAAUAAGCUAUUUAAGUUCACCAGGCACAGUACCCUAGUGAUGAAUAAGCUAUUUAAGUUCACCAGGCACAGUACCAUAGUGAUGUAUAAGCUAUUUAAGUUCACCAGGCACAGUACCAUAGUGAUGAAUAAGCUAUUUAAGUUCACCAGGCACAGUACCACAGUAAUGAAUAAGCUAUUUAAGUUCACCAGGCACAGUACCAUAGUGAUGAAUAAGCUAUUUAAGUUCACCAGGCACAGUACCAUAGUGAUGAAUAAGCUGUUUAAGUUCACCAGGUACAGUACCAAAGUGAUGAAUAAGCUAUUUAAGUUCACCAGGCACAGUACCAUAGUGAUGUAUAAGCUAUUUAAGUUCACCAGGCACAGUACCAUAGUGCUAAAUAAGCCAUUAGGUUCAGUGCCACAAUGCUCUAUUAUCCAUUAGAUACAACACACAGCUGUAUUAUGCACCAGACACAAUACAUGCAGUGUCGGCACUGUGAGACCUGAGGACAACAAAAAUGCUCUGAUUUAGACUUGUGAGCUGUAAAUACUUGUAAAGAACAUUAAAAAAUGAGAUAAAUCUGGUCUCUUUCAGCCUGCCAAGAAAAUCAAGAUGGACAGAUUGGAUAAAAAGAACAUCAUAAGAUUAGAUACCUUUGUCUCUUUCAGCCUGCCAAGAAAAUCAAGAUGGACAGAUUGGAUAAAAAGAACAUCAUAAGAUUAGAUACCUUUGUCUCUUUCAGCCUGCCAAGAAAAUCAAGAUGGACAGAUUUGAUAAAAAGCAUCAAGACUCUGACAACCCGUCAUCAUCCAUGGAUGACACUACCUCAUCCAUCAUGUAUUUGUUGGAGGAUGACAGCUUUACCUUUGAGGUAAGAACAAUAUUUUCACCUCCCCGUCACAACACUAAUAAAAUACACUUUAUCUUAGCUUCUAAUCACAAAUUUUAAAUGUGGCUAUUUGAUGUCUUUGUGGGAUGUGUCUUUUGUUUCCUUCAUAUAAUCAUUUCAUAGUUUUUUCUUCUUACAGCCUUGUCAUUUUAGCCUAUAUGAUAGAACAACUUAAGUAAAAAUUGUAUUCUAAAUUGCUUUACAAAUUUGAAGGAUUUGAAAAAAGAUGCACAGUGUCACUCUUGCUUAUGCCUUUUUUCCCAGUCUGGGGCAUAGGCCGCCCACAAGAAUUUUCCACUCAUCACGGUCCUGUGCUUUCCUUUCACAUUGCUUCCAGGUGUAUCCCAUAUUUUGUGUGUCUGCCUCUAGCUGGCAUCUCCAUGUGUUCUUAGGCCUUCCUCUCUUUCUUAUUCCCUGAGGAUUCCAUGUUAGAAAUUGUCUGGUGGUGUUAUCUGGCUAAGUCAUGGUCAGUAGACUAGAACAGGUGCAGUUACAUUGUUGACCAGAUCAUUGGUACUCUAAGUCAUGGUCAGUGGAUUAGCACAAGUGUAAUUAAAUAGUGGAUCAGAUCAUUGCUUCUCUAUGUUGUGGUCAGUGGAGUAGCACAAGUGUAGUUAAAUAGUGGAUCAGAUCAUUGCUUCUCUAAGUUGUGGUCAGUGGACUAGCACAAGUGUAGUUAAAUAGUGAAUCAGAUCAUUGCUUUUCUAAGUCGUGGUCAGUGGACUAGCACAGGUUCUGAAAACCUCAGACCUUGUUGGCAAAUGAUUAAUUAUAAUUUAAGAAAAUUAUUUUUAAAAUGUAAAGGAAAUUGGGCACUGGUCCUUGAUUCCAUGUGGACUAUUCCUGUCUGACCAUCUCACUGAAUAGUUUGAGAAUCACUUUAUGAGGUAAUGUUAUCUAAUCUUGUAUGUGCACAUAAAGCUAUUGGGAUAACGUAAUGAUAAUUUAUAUAUUUCAGGAUUCUGACAACAAGGCCAGUUCAGGGAUUGCCCCUGGUACAAAACAGAACAAGAGAUCCCUGGAACCCCCUUGGUUAAGAGGGGUCAAGUGGAACUCAGAUACCAAAAUGAGGUAGGUCUGAGGUGCCUUGGACUGGACAGUGUGAUGCAUGAGCGUAUGAAUGACUCCCUUUUACAGUAAAUGUUAUUGCUGCAUUGUUCCACCUCCUACAUCAAUGCUCCAGAUUGAAAUUUCUAAUAUUUAACUAGUGAAAAAGAUUAUGUAGCUUACAUGUCAAGGGCAAUCUUUGAACAGAUACCAGAUGCCUUUGAAGAAAUCUUUCUCAGUCCUGAAGAUGGAUGAGAAGUUCUUGAAGAAGAACCAGCAGAAUGACAUGGCACUGGUCAGUCUGGAACAGCUCCUGGAGGACAUAGGUCUACCUGACCAUGAGGACCCAAUGGUAUUGUAGCUUAUUAAUUCAUAGGAUUAAAAUAAAAAUAAAAAAAGAUCAAUUUCUCAUUUUCAUUAUAUUGUUAAUUGUAAAGAUGUGCUACAGGAUUCAGAGUGGUCAUUUAUAUUAGGGAGUAGACAACCUUUUUUUGUGCCGGGGAGGGGGGGGGGGGCAUGGAAAUUGUUAUUUUGGUUGGCCACAUUUCUAGUACAGUUCUAGAACAUUAAUGUAUGUCGUUUGAAGUGAUCUGAGUAAACUCACACCAAGUUCAUUUAGAAAAUAAGCUGUGGAAUAAUUGUUAAAUUAGCUGUGAUUAUCAUUGUUACAGUUUGACAGUUUUAAACUGAUCAUUAAUUCUCAAAGGUGUUUACAGAUAAUUAUUUAAAAUUUGUCCAUUUAACGAAAACAUUAAUCCAGUUCCCAGAAGAGCUUGUGGGCUUGAUUUAACUAUGUGGCCUGCGGACCGUAAGUUGCCCACCCGUGAUUUAUACAGUCUAUCUAAUAAAAGUGAACAAGACUUUAAAUUUUUUUAUUUGCAUUAAGUUAAAAUUUCUUUUUAAAUUGUCAAUUUUUAUGGAGGGUAAAUUAAAAUCCCUUUUAGGAGAUUCAGGUUUGAGGGUAAAUUAGUUAAAAUUUUGUUGCUAUAGUGAAAGUUGUAAUUGAUAAAUUUGAUUAGUUUAUGGGAAGUAUUUCUUAAUUCGAGUAAUUUAAAAAAAAAAAGAUGAACUAACCAGUUGGAUAAUCAUUUAUGAUAUACAAUAAUCAUAAACAACUUUUGUUGAAGCAGUAAAUAGUGAUGUACUUUGGUCCCGCUAACAGCAAAUAGCUCCAGGGGUGUAUAUAAAUAUGAGAGAAGCUGUGGUUUAUUCAUCUGCUUAAGGAAACAAAUAGUCCCAGUCUUGUAAAUAAAUUUAAGAAAAGCUGGUUUUCUUCAUCUGUCUAACUUGUUGCUCUGGUGUUUUUUUAAGAUUGUCCUAAUUUCAUGUCAUCGCUAGGAUGAAGAAGCUGACUACCUCUUCUUUCCUGGAGAUGAAAGCUUAGACCCGUUUGAUAUAGACGAUGAAAAAACUGAAGAAAUAGAUCUAACCCAGAGCAGCUCUCAUGUUGUCGAAGGUGGGGGAGUCUGUGGAAAUGGAGGCACCGCCGAGGACGUCUGGAACCUCGGAGCCAGUGAAAAUGAUGAUGAAAGCUACGACACGCCAGUCAACAGCCAUUCAGAGGACGAGAAGUCGCCCCCCACCCGAGCAGAGAUCAACGGUGGGGAGAACGUUGUGAAACAAGAGGUCGGUGCAGAUUUGACGGGCAGUAAGGUAAGGACGAAAUUUACCCUUAAUUGGUAAUGAUAAUUAUAGAAAUGUUGAUGUUGAGAAACUAAUAAAAUUUUCCCUUUUAAGUGGCAUAUAUUAUAUAUUAUUUUUGGGGUAAGCGGUUAUAUGAAAAAAAUUUGUGAGAGACAAACACUUGCCAGUUAAUAAAGCUGAAAUCUAUUUGGGUUUCUGUAGGAGUGGGACUACUCUUGUGCUAGUCCACUAGGACCAUCUUUCUUACCUGAAUAAAUAUGAAAGACAAACUAUAAUAUUACAAUAAUUUAAGCAUCCCCUGGUUCCCAAUGGCUAUGAUUUUUUAGUACAUUUUAAAAAUGUUUUAAAGUUAUUUCAUCUGACUUGCAAUCACCAGCCACAAAAUCACCAGCCACAUUGUGUUAAAAAAAAUAAAACAAUAAGGCGGCGUGAAUAAUUCCUAAAUUUAUGUGAAAUAAGUUCCACUGGAUCAUUCGUAUGUUAUAACAAACAAAUUUAUUUGUUCACUUUUUCUGUUAUUAUUACAGCAGGUUGGUGAAGAGCAUGGAGACGUUGCCAUGGAAACUGUCUUCAUCAGGAAUUCUCAAACAGCCGGGAACUCUCCCCUGAUCAAGAGAGGCGCCAGUCCCAAAUAUGGGUCGCUGAGCGGUGAUGAGGGUGGCGGGCAGAAGGCUGAAAUAGAUGCCCAGUCAAACUGCUCCAAGGUAUCCAGCGACCUCACCCCGAGUGACGAUCGCAGCAACGAGGAAGUUGGCAGCUCGAUGAAAGAGUCUGAUUCGUCCACCAAGAAAAUGAAAGGUGUCUCGUCGGUUGCCUCAUCUAACUCCUCCAAUGACCACACUAGUCAGGAAGAGGGAUCUGGUGGGUCGCUGGCCAAAGAUGGUGAGGACCUCAUCAAGAAGCUGUUUGUGCCACUCAAGGUCAAGGUCAGUAAACGGUUGAGCACGCCCAGCACCCCGUACUGGCUGGUUGAAGCCCAUCUCAGCCCCAAAGUGGCCAUGACCUACAAAAUAUCCACACGUCAACUAGAAGAUGUCCUCAACGAAGAUAAAAGAAAGAUGACAGAUCUUGUCCAGUCCGCCACUGUCAAACAGCAAGUCUUGCAGCUGUUGAAUGAGAUUGACCUGAAAUCUGGAACGACCGUGGCCAAGACCAUGUCCUCGGCCACCAUGUGUCCUGCUUCCUAUUCCAAGCCCUGUACUAUGACAAGAAUGAAGCAACCUUCGUCACUAUCUGACUCGGCAUUUGGAGGAACCAUCACGGAAGAAGAGCAGUGCAACACCGAUGAGAAAAUGACCAACAGGGUCGAUUUAUUAAAUGAGGAAACCGCUUUGAAAGUGAAGCCUAUUUUGUCAGCUAAUAAACCAGUUGUGUCCUCAACAGACACCUCAUAUGGUGUGGGGGCACAGGGCCUGGUUAAAUCAGAGACUAAUAAUUCACUGUGCGAGAAGACUUCACACAUAACACUCGCAAAGUCCACGUCCAGUAUCUCAAUGGAAAGUGUACAGGGCCAAUUUCACGCUGAGAUGACCCGCUACAGGAACCAUCGCCCUGUGUAUACCAACUCAUCGGACACGAACACUGACUCCAUCGGGGAUGAACCUCGGGCCCGCUCGUUCUACACCAGCCAGUCCUCAACUGCCGACUCGGCAAGCACGGUCUAUAGUGUCCGUGGGGGCCCAGCCAGGACAGACGCACAUCUUCAAGAAAAGUUACAGGCCCUGGAGUCAGGGGGCAAUCUCACCGGUCAGAAGAUCGAAGACAUAAUCAUGAGCAAAGUGUUUGUGCCUGUUGAUACCUUGUCCACCAACCCGGAGGCCAAGCCUGUCCCAAGUAUCUUCAUAGCACCGGAAUAGAUGCUAAAUUUAAUGUCACAUUGCCUGCGUGUCUUAGACAAAGGAAAUUUAAAACAUCUUUUUGUUUUGAUCAGAGAGCUCACAUUUUGAUCAGAGAGAUCACAAAGGGAUUUAAAUAGUGUUGCCUUUGCAGCUAGUAUAUUUAAAACUCGUAGUUGCUGUUGAAAUAUGAGGAAUCAAAUCAUCAGUUUAAAAAUGAAUGUUAAGUGUUGUGGUGAUAUGGUUACCUCACCUUGCUAACAUUUAAUGAAAAUGCUGCCAGUUUAUUGGUUGGAGUUGAUCCUUGACAUGCCCAGUAUAGGUACUCAUCACUUAAACCACCUGCUCCCUUAACUACCAUUUGACUCACCACCUACAUUUCAGUGGGGUUAAUCCUCUUCCACCUUUUUGAACUUGAUAAACUUUAAAGAAAAACAAAAAAUUUAAACAAUUUUUUUAUUUUAAAAUAACUAAAUGAUUAUUUUUUUAUUACUAACACAGUCACUGAUAACCUGUCAUUGGAAAAGAACUCUGCUGUUUAGUGAUGAGUGCCUGCAUAAGAUAAUUUACUUAAAGCCUUAACUUUGUCAUUGUAGGAUCUGUUAGGCCUCUAGAUUUAGCACCUUUGAAUUGAAUAAAUUAUAUUCAAAAUUAAUGUAGUAAAAUUUGUGAUCACUUGUAUAAUGUAUUUUUAUUUUUUUUAAUGUUAAGAGCUUUGAAGUGCCACAAUUUUUAAUUUAAAAUACUAUGUUGUUAAUCAACAUAAUUUGUCC